CUCAGUACCCAGGAUCCUUUGCGGCCGCAAGAGGCGCUUCGUCGGCCGAUCGCGACGCCUCGCCGUUUCAACAACAACUUUAUUGGUUCCCGGGCGGCAUGGAGGCGGCGGCGAAUUGCUCCCUUCGCGUCAAGCGGCUGCUCUUGGACCCCAAGUUCGAGGGGUACAAGUUGUCGCUGGAGCCGCUGGCCUGUUACCAAGUGGGCCUGGACUCGCGUGAGUGCCAUGGGGGAGAAAGCCGUGAGGGGCCUGGACGCCUCAGUGCUCCCUGUCACCACCCGGGGGGGGGGGCGGGGAAGGAAAAUGAACCCCUUUCGAAACUAUAGCAGUGGUUAUUGGGGAUGAUUUGUUACUUUUUAUUAUCUUUACUAUGCCUUUAAGACAGGCGGGGUAAAAAGUACUGGAAGUUUUCUCUUUUUAAAAAAGGUAUGGGGGUUCCUGCAUUGCAGUAGGGUGGGCUAGAUGAAGCUCAUAGCCCCUUCUCUACAAUUUUAUGAUACUGUGAUAUCAGAUCCUCCAAGUGUCCCUGAUUUAGAGAAGCCAUCCCGGUUCCUGAUUUGAUCCCAAAAUGUCCCACUUUUCCUUAAGAUAUCCCUGUUUUCAUUGGUGAAAUGUUGGAGGGUAUGGAGUUAUCCAACCCCCGAGCCAUCUGAAGGCAAUCCUGUAUAGGGAAGUUUUAAAAUAUAUAUAUAUUUUUAAAUUAUAUGUUGGAAGCAUAUUUUUUUGAUGGUACUACAUUUUUAUUCUGUGCCCCUGCAAACAGCAUGACAUUCUGUGGAGGUAGUGAGCUACUGUUUGCAAUUCUGUUAAAUAUUUACCCUAGACCUUCCAAGUGCCCCUAUUUUCCAGGGAUGCCCCUGAUUUAGAGAAACCAUUCGGUUUCUGAUUUGAUCCCAGAAUGUUCCACUUUUCCUUAAGGUUUCCUUAUUUUCAUCGAAGAAAUGUUGGAGGGUAUGGAGUUAUCUGACUCCUGAGCUGCCUGAAGGCAAUCCUGUAUAGGGAAGUUUUGUUAUUUAAAAAAAUGUUUAAUGUUUGAUUAUGUGUUUUUAUAUAUGUUGGAAGCUGCCAGAGUGGCUGGGCCAACCCAGUCAGAUGUGUGGAGUGUAAAUAGUAAAAUUAUCAUUAUGGAAUGGAAUGCCCCUAUUUUCCAUCGGAGAAAUGUUGGAGGGUAUGUGAUAUAAGCUGUUGACAAUUAAGAGUUCAUGUUACAAACCCUUUCUCUGCCAGGUCUGGAGCCUAAAACGUCUUGCAUGUGAGUGGGGUUUGUGGGGAUUCAUUAUUAUAAUUAUCACUGUAGUUUAAUAGGGAUAAUAAUAACCCCUCUAGUUUCAAAUGAAGCUGAAGGUGGCUGGCAAAUCCAAAUUUAUUAUCAUUAUUAUUAUUAGUCUCUCCUUGCUUGCAGAAGAAGCUGAAAGUGGCUGGCAAAUCCAUAUAUAUAUCGAUUAUGUUGGCAUUCAUCUGUCUCAGGAGACUGGCCGAGUGUGCCCAUGGGGAUGAAGUUAAAAACUGUUAAGUGACUGGCAAAUCCAAAUAUUUAUUUAUUGAAUUUGUAUGCCACCCUUCUUCUGAAGGUCACAGGGAAUUUUACAGAAUAAAAAUGCAAACAUGCAUAACAUAAAAGCAAACAAAACAAUACUUGCCCCCCUCCCCCCCAGUUUAAAGGCCAUAGUUUGAUCAAUUAGCCAAAGGCCACAAUAUUGAAAUACUGCAAUUUCUGUUUCUAGCGCUCAUCUUUAUAUCAGAAUAUUGAUGUAGAAAACUGAAACCUUUAAUAAUUCCAAAACAGCCAUCUAAACUAAAGCAGCAUCAGAAAUAAACUGGUGGGGUGGGGUUUGGUGGAUGAUAAAGGGGUGUUUUUGAAGAUCUUUUAACAAGGCACAUUUUUGCCAUCCAUUUGGGACAAUGGUGACGGGGCAUGCCUGACAUUUCUCACUGGAUUUUACAGGGUGAUCGCUGCUAGAAAGACUUCCAGUCAUACUUCUAAGAGGCUCAAGGGAUAGGAGGAUCUUGAUUAUAGGGCCAGAAAGGGACUUUAAGAUUAAUGAGAGUUGGCGUUGGUGUCUGUAGAUCAGAUGUCUUCAACUUUUUGAUACACAGGCCUUGCUUUUAACCUCACCAUGCAACACUUUAAAAAAAAUAUAGAGCGACCCUGCACAUGAUUACUCAGAAGCUAGUCCCACUGUUCUUAGUUGUUCUUAUUUCCUACUAGGUCUGCUUACUAGUUGCAUCCUUAGGCUGCAGUUUGUUUGCUGACUUGUAUGGGAGUAAAUCUGACAGAGCUCAGUGCUUCUGAGAAAACAUGUUUAGGAUUGCACUGUAAGUUAUUAAAAAUAUAAGCAAUUUUUUAAAGUUGAAAAGCUCUCAAGUGGGCAAACUUAUAAUAAAAACAGUAGUUGGAAUACAAAUGAUUAAAACAGCAAGAAAAUUAUAAGAACAUGUCAUGCAAUUGUAAACAAACAGCAUUGAAAAUAUAUAUAUGGUUACAAAUCUAGAGUUAGUGAAUCUUAGAAGUUAGUAAAAUGAUUGCAUUUAGAAAAUAGUUGGAGUGUUAAAGGGAAGAUUCCAAGCCAGUAGAAAAACACAGGCCAAGCUUCCUUUCCAGGCCAGGGCCUCACCUGGGAUAGAGGCCGUUAACAGGACAAAAGGUGUUGAUGGCCUAUCACAGAGAAAUCCUUGACUCUGGUUGCCAAAGUUACAAUUAUGUAGGUUACAGGAAAGUUGUCACCUUUUAAAACUAGGCUUGGAAUAGGGGGCAAGUGGAUGGAUGUAGAGGAGUUGUUUGGACCAUGUGUUUCCUGGGAACAGGAAAUGAAGUUAGUAGGACUAGAGGCAGAGGCCUUGAGGGGCAGAACCAUAUUGGCGGGCUGGCUGAGGGCAGGCUGGAACAGAGGAAUGGAUAUGUAUUGGAAUCUCAUGCUGCACUGUUGUGGGGAACACGCCCCUCUUGAGAUGCAAAUGCUGUAAACUCUGUGUUCCCUCCAGCUACAUCCAGGUAUAAAUAUGUGUAAAAUAAACCUUUUUUUUUUAAAGACACAAUUGUCUCUGCUGUGUCUUGACUUCCAACAGAAGCAUGACCCUGGGUAAGUGCCUGGAUCCCCCGGAAUCUUGCUACUGCUCAGCAGAGAUCGGGGGUGGCACGCAACCUUCAUAACAAUAUGUAUACAAUUUUAAAAUUGGCUCAAAGGCAUUAGGAGUGUAGGAAGCUGCCUAAGACUGAACAUUGCAUUGUCUACUGCACAGACUGGUAGUAUUCCUUUAGAGUUUUAGGCAGGAGUCUUUCCCAGUUCUACCUGGAGAUGCUGGGGUUGAACCCAGGAUCUUGUGAAUGCAAAGCAUGCACUUUGCCAUUGAGUCGUUGCCUCAUUCUUAAAUGCCUGGGCAUUUUUAUUUUAUUUUUUGCUUGGUGCUGACAAGCUUCCCUUGGAGAAGGCCCUCUUUCUGGUCACCACAUACUUGGAUUCAGGUGUCGGAGUCCUGGACAAGGGUUUCUGACCCAGCUUUCGCAGCCACUUCUCCCCAGCUUUUGCUGCUGCUAUGCUACCAGGAGCUAUGCCAUAGUUUGGCUUAUGUCUGGACCUGGGUUUAUGGUUUCUCUCUCCAAAGGAAAUCAUAGGCACUAAGUGCUAAGUCAAGAACAGGACUUCAUUACAGCUCAUGGUUUGUUUGGCAAGACACAAACCAUGAAUCUGAGUUAGGACGUAACACAAAUCAAACCACGACUUUGCUGCUCCUCUGCUAUUAAGAGUUAAGUGACCACAAUUUUCUUCCUAUGCACCAGCACACAGUGAAUGCUCAUCUUUAAACCACAGUUAGCUUUAACUAUGCUUCAAAGCAGGGGUUCCUAAAGUAGUUCAUGAACCAUUAGUGGUCCAUGAGUCUCAUCCAGUUAGUCCCGGUAGCAACUCUGCAGAGCAGCAUAGCUAUAUAUAUGUGAAGAACAGUGGGUGCAGAGGCUGCUCCAUCCUUCUUAGAACACAGCAGUCUACCCAGAAGGUGAGCAGAUGGGCUUGAAGUCAUGGGGAGAGGAGAAUCUGCCUUUUUCCGAAGAAUAAACCCACAGCUGGCAGCAAGACAAUGGAAGGUCUCCAGUGCAGAAAAGAGUCUGACAAGCCACUUGAAAGGAGUGGAGAGUUGAUACAUAUUUUGCAUCUAGCUCAGCACAUUAUGAUUGCAAAACAACAAAAAGAAAAAUCAUUUUAAUUGGUCUAUCAAGUACCUAAUUUUCAAGUGGUUUUGGGGAGAAGAGUGAAGGUUGGGAACCACUGGUUUAAAAUGUGUUUGUAAGCUGUGGCAGGUUUGAUCCACAGGAUGGCAGUACAAUGCAGAGAGUUGCCUUGGCUAUCAUUUCUAAAGCUUUCUGCUUAAAGAUGGUGGUGAGAGAAGAUUUAUAUAUUAAGAGAGAAUGUUUAUAUAUUGGUAUCUUAGUGCACAAUGAAUAGCCCAGAGGCUAUAGAAGACCACCCAGGUGCUUACACCUUUUACUGGCAAGGUCACCUGAUUGAUACUUUCUAAGGAGAGGAGUUGUGGCAGUUUAUAGAUUGUAGAUGCAGCCCAAAGCUAGCCCUGUCCAGGAGACGGAGAAUGGUAUGAAACUAUUUACACACCAGGGCCGUGACUCAGUGGCAGGUAGGGAAUAUGAAGUAGAGCAAUCACUGCCCUAGUCCCAUAAACCUAGUGACCUUUAUGGGCUCAUUGUUGAAUCUGACUCAAAGAGGAAGCUUGGGGUAACCAGAAUAACUGAGUCUAUUGUACUUGGGUAGAGGAAAUAUGCUCCAACAGAGCUGUGUUUAUGAGUGGUGUAGAAUUACUUUUUUAAAUAUAGUAUCAUCUCUCUUUAACUUUCUUUCGUCUUUAGUGUUAAGUGUAUGAACCUUGGAUUUGUGUGCUUUCCCACAUGCAGCUUCAAGGAAGAUGUUGGAAGCAUCUGCUUCUUUUUUCAACUCAUCGUUUGUUUUGUGUGGUCUAGGAACUGCAUUUAGUAAACUGUAGUUUAUUAAAACUAGUCAGAAUCAUUGACCGUAAUUUAAGUUGGCUUGUUUAAAAAAUCAUAGGUAACAAUAACCACACUGUGUCUAGUGUUGGCAGCAACCUGUGGUUAGCUGGAAGCUGAAACAAAGGCUUCCCAUCUCCUUGUGGCCAUGCUGGAGGACAUGAGCCCUUUGGCUUGUGAAUGUAACACAAAGCCAUGAUUUAGCAUUCCUGAAAAUAUGGCCAUUCCGUUACUGCCUGAUGGUGAUGAUCACACAAUACUGAAUGCAAUUUUCUUGCAUUUCAGCUAGCAGUUCACCAAAAGUUAUGUAUAAAUUGGGUAUUGGGAAACAGGACCUGAUAGCCUAGAACAUUAGCAGUGGAAGCUUCACUGUUCCUGUUUGUGUGUGUGUGUUUGUCCAUAAUGAUUGCAAACCUCAUGAAAAUAUUAUGCGAAAUGACAUGGUCAUAGCGCUUUGAAGGUCUGCCCAGCUUGAUUAUGGCUUUGUUGCCACUUUCUCUCUACGUUUUUGGGACACCAAACAAAUGGGAAGCUUUGAUGACAAUAGGGAAAAGAACCUAAACCGUUUUACAAAGUUGUCUCUUGCAUAUGUACAACUUAAACUAGAGGCAGCAGGUGGCACUCUGGGGUUGUUGUUUUAUCAGAUCUGCUUCACCGUAUUUGUUAAUAAUAAUGAUAAUGAUAAUAUAAUAGUUUGAGUAAAAUAUCUAAAUUCAGUAAGUCAGAGACUUAAAGGACAAUUCUAUUUUUCAAUGAAGUUACCAUUUUGAAUUAUAGGUCCCAAAGAAUUAUUAUCUAUUAAAUGGAACUUGAGAUUUUUGUUUUAAAUGGAUGCAGGAUCUUACAUUUUCUGUGUUUGUGUUUUGUUUUUCAGCUGUAGCAGAAGUCAAACUUCGGGAUGAUCAGUAUACCCUGGAUCACAUGCGUGCCUUUGGCAUGUACAAUUAUCUACACCUGGAUCCCUGGUACCAAGAUAAUGUUUAUUAUGUUGAUCAACUUGGAAGAGUCAUGAAUUUAAGCAUUACUCUGGUAAGGAUGCCAUGAAAAAAGAAAUAAAAACUUGAGUCAGUCGCCUCAAACUGAAGUCCAUUGAUUUCACUGGUUUUUCUUUGAGUAUGACUUAGUCAGAUGCCACCAAGUAAAUACAGUGGUACCUCAGGUUAAGUACUUAAUUCGUUCCGGAGGUCCGUUCUUAACCUGAAACUUUUCUUAACCUGAAGCACAACUUCAGCUAAUGGGACCUCCUGCUGCUGCCGCUCUGCCAGAGCACGAUUUCUGUUCUCAUCCUGAAGCAAAGUUCUUAACCCGAAGUACUAUUUCUGGGUUAGCGGAGUCUGUAACCUGAAGCAUAUGUAACCUGAAGUGAAUGUAACCCGAGGUACCUCUGUACUAGUAUUCAUAAUUUGAACAUACUUUUUAACAUAUUUUUUUCAGUAACUUAUGAUGCUUGAAUAUUAUUAAGCAUCUUUGUGUUUAUGAUUUGUAAUUAAAAGAGAUCAGACACUAUAGAAUUGAUUAUUAUUAUUUUUUAAAUGCACUAUUGACUUUAAAUAUGGGCAUUUCUCAAUUCCAUUGUGUGAUCCAAUAAAGAUUACACAUUCUCCAAUAAUACUGCUAUUCCACUAUUCAUUGCUAUUAAUUAAGCUACCCAACACAUUUGCACGAUAUUAACUGCACUGUAUUUCACCUUAGGUAGUCAAGUAUUACACUCACAGGGUUAUGCACUGUUUAAUUAUGUCUAUUCAGUUAAAUUAGUUGCACAGAGCAAUACUUUGCACAUUUCUUUUUUUCAAAUUUGAAGUUAGAACUGAAGCUGCAGGCUUACUAAUUGCUUAGAUGGGGUCGUGUGACAAUCUUGCCAUCUCUAAUGUCUGUCCAAACAGUCCCGGAAGGCAGACAUGUGCUUCCAUCUAAUCAUCACUCUGUGCUUAGGUUUCUGCAUACUGAAAUGAUUUUGCUUCCAGAAGCUUGAUUUGUGAUCCCUUCCAGAGCCGGCACACACACUUAUUUGUGAAAUAUCCCGAUUCUUCUCAAAGGCAGUGAUUCAGAUAGAGAAUGCUUUGGGUUUUACAAAGAAAGACAGGCCUCUGUAGCUAUCCCUGGCCAGGCUUGGAAGGCAGUUGUCUGGAACGCAGAACACCUUUGCAGAAAGUGCUGCCGUUGUUUAUAAAGAUCUGAGAACAACGUACUAUUAGGAAAGAGGCAGGAUUGCUGAGCAGACAUGGUGGAUGGGAACUGAGAAACGAAGGAGACAUGGCCAAAAACAGAAUACGUAGUAGGCUGAUAUGAGUAGGAAGGAUGGAUGGGGGAGGCAGAGGUUAGUGGAAAGCGGUGCGGAGCAGCAAGGAAACUCAAGCAACGGGUUUGGGGUAAUGCAUUUGACAGAAAAUGGGCAACAAAGGUAUUCUGUAGGACAAUGGGGAAGGAAGGUUAAAGGCAGUGGAGUGAAGGUUGGUGAACUUCCUGCUUGAGUGAACCAGUCAGCAGAAUAUUUUACUACAGUCUGUUGAAUAAUAUUGCAAUACAGUGGUACCUUGGGUUAAGUACUUAUUUGUUCCGGAGGUCCAUUCUUAACUUGAAACUGUUCUUAACCUGAAGCUCUGCUUUAGCUAAUGGGGCCUCCUGCUGCCACUGCACUGCUGCUGCACGAUUUCUGUUCUCAUCCUGAAGCAAAGUUCUUAACCCAAGGUAAUAUUUCUGGGUUAGCGGGUCUGUAACCUGAAGCGUAUGUAACCUGAAGCGUAUGUAACCCAAAGUACCACUGUAGUACUGUAUAACUUUCAAAAUAGUGUGGUUAAGAAGUAAGACCAAGAUGGAAAUAAUUGUUCCCACCCUUAAGGAUUGUGAGAGAUUGAUAAUGUGCUUCUGUGAUUUGUUUGCUGAGAAAUGUGCCCCUGCCUCAAUAAAUAAUUGAGGAAACAAACAUGUCGCACUUCUUACUCAGAAUUAGUUAUAGAAAUGUACAGAGAAGUAUAAAACACCAUAUUUCUCUGAACCUUUUGGAAGUAUUGUUUUUUUAAUAAAAAAAUGAUUGCCGUAAAAACAGUUUUCACACACACACAAAUCUUUCUCCACUCUGAAAGCAAAGUUAUUUCCUUUCCUUUCCUUCCAAAUAAUUAUGCUGGUUGUGAUGGGAUGAGCUUUCCCUUCCUCAUUUCUGCCAUAUCCUUAGAAAUUGCAGCUCUGGGUGAGGUGCUGCCCCAGAGUUAUCUGCAAACUGUUUCCAGCAAGCAGGUCAUGGUGUCAUUCUGUGUGGGUAUGUGCCAGAAACACUGUGCUCAUACUAAAUGCUAACUAUUGAAGAGCUGUUACCUUGGAGACCAUGAUGUUGAAAGACUUUUUUGGUCCCUGAAAAAUGGAAGCUGACUUCAAGAGGGAACUUGAUAUUUAGGCGAGAGUGUAGGUUGUCUGGGAACAAAUCAUCUUAGUCCCAUCUGUAACGGAGAGGGCAUCUGAAGCAUCUAGUUUCAUCAUUCAUGUCCAAGAACAUUGGGAGCGAAGCCUAUGCAGCCUAUUCUUCCAGUCCAUUUCCAAGUGCAAUACAAGGUGCUAGUUAUUACCUAAAUGGCUUGGGACCAAAGUACUUGAACAGCUGGUCUCUCUUAGGUACAUCUGCCUAUCCUUUAAGAUCAGCAUUUGUGCUUCUCUCGUGUGUGCCAUUUCCUUCUAAGGCAAGUGGUAGCAUGCAAGAGAGCUUUCGCUGGUUGCUCCAAUACGUGGAAAUCCCUGCCUCACAGGGUUACAUUAGUUUACCCAUCAUUUUGUGUUGCACUGGCAAUUCAAAACAUUCCUUUUUGUAUGCAAGCCUUCGAUUCCGUUGUGCUUAUAAUGUGUUGAGUCUUGAGUGCUGUUCUGUAUAUUCCUUGGGAUUCUGCAGUUUUUUGUUUGAUUUGAUCCAUGCUUGCAUUACUGUUGCGAGCCACUUUGAGCAAUCCCUUUGUGUAUGGGAAAGCCGGGUAUGUAUUUUUAAAAUAAGAAUAACUCACAAAACUGAACACACACACACACACACACACACUGCAUUUUGCUUUGGUAAGAACCUAAGAGCCCUACUGGAUUGAACCAAGAUCCAUCCAGUCUAACAUUCAAUUUCUUACUGUGGUCAGCCAAAUAUUUCUGGGAAGCAGAGCAUGAAGGUAACAUCCCUUUUCCUCUUGAUGGCUAAAACAGAACUGAAAAUGCAUAUAUUGAUAUUUUUACCAUGUUGAGAUAACAAUUUUUAACACUGAGUUUACAGCAAAGCCUGUUUGCUCAAAACUGCAUAAAAACACCCGUUUAAAUCUUAGUCUAAACUAUGUAUCUGAAGAGUGUACUAGAAUUGUUUUGACUUUCUUUGUAUACUAUUUAAAUGUUGCCUUAGGUCAAACACAAUAUCAUCAUCUUCUAUAUAUGUAUACAUAUUUUUUAAAAUGACUAAGGAAAAAGAGAUGUAUUCAAACAGUAGCAGUUGAGAGAUGAGUAGCCUUGCUUUCCUGGCUUCCAAACAUUUCAGAUGCUUCUGGUAACCAAGAGGGGCAAGGCAGCAGGCAGGUUGGAAGGUGCAUCAGCACCACAUUGGAUUGACUCUGCCACUGCACCCACACCACACUGCAUCCCCACGGCUUUGCCUCUCUCCCUCUUGGUUACUGGCAGCAGUGUCCUUUGCACUAGGAAGCCACACAAGUAUUGCCACACCCACACUGCAUUCAAAGAUAAGUAGUGUUGCUAACUGUAACAAAAUAGUCAACCUUCUUCCAGUGAAAAUGUUUUCUCUAAGCAUGCCAUCUUCAGAUUCAUCUUGUUUUAAGAUAUUUAUAAACUGACUCUCAUUUUAACAGUAAAGGCAUACAAGGUUUUGCUUACAAGGCUUACAAAAAGAAAAAGUAGAAGAUAAUACCAAACUCUUCCAUAACUCCCUAAACUGAAUAGAUUAGCGCUGCAUGUUACUCAACAUAUUUGUAGCUUUCAAGCUGGCAUGACCUCUUCCCUCUGCCAAAAGAUAUAUAGUGUGCAAAGGACAAGCGGUUGCAUUCAGAAUGUGGUUCAGUGGUAAGAGUGCAUGCAAAUUCAAUCCACAGCAUCUCUAUUUAGGGUUGGGACAGAUCCCUGCCUGAAACCCUGGAGAACUGCUGCCAAUCAGUGCAGCCAAUCCUGAGCGAGAUGGAGCAGUGGUAUAACAUGGUAUAAACUAAGCAACUGCCUUUGUUCCCAAAGGAAUUGCCCCAUAGUCAGUAAUUUGCAGGCUGGCUUUGUUCCAUGGGCUGCCAGGUGCCACGAUUUAUCAGAUAACUGCAGUCUGGAUCUUUUACAUUCUUUUCUUCAUGUUUUUAUUAAGUGUAUAAUUUAUGUAACUUGUUAAGUCAUAAAAACAGUGAUUCAUAAUAGCAGGGAUGAUUUAAUAACACUAGUAAAUUAAUAAAAGUCUGUGUAAUGGCAAUUAGUAAGCAACUCUCAAUUUCCAUAGCAAAGAUAUAUAUAUGAUGGAUGUAUCUUAUUAGAAUAAAAAGGCAAUUGUACCAACCAAGCAAUAUCCCAUAUAUUUUUUUCCAGCCAUUGCAAAAUUGUUGGAAAUUGUGAAAUUAGUAUUACAUGGCAAUACUAAUGCAUGCAAUUGCAAGUAAGUUACUUAUCUCUAGAACUGUUGCUUCUAUUAUAACCUUUAUGUAAUCCAACAAAAUCUUCUUUGGGACCAGAAGAAUAUCAUACCUGGAUAUAUUUGAAUAUCAUUUAACACCCCCUUCCAGAAAGGUCAUACAUGUGUGUGCCAUGAGAAAAUAUGCAUGAAAUAUGCCUUGUGUUACCUUUCCAACGCUUGUCUGUCGUAUUUGGAUAUAUCUAUCUCUUUAAACCUACACAGAGUCAAAUAACACUGAAACUUUUUUUAUGUGAUUAACUGGAUCUUCAAAAUUAUUAUUGUCAUGUACCAGCUGUAGGUUUUUCUUAAUAUUCGCUCUCCUGGUAUAAAUUUCUCUAGGGCUCAGUUCAUAUGUCAUCCUUCUAAUAAGGGGAUGGUGGCAGUUUGUUAUCCUGAGAUAAGAAUGAGGUGUCUCUUCCCUUUGUAUUCCAAACUAUUUGCUGAUAAAAUAUGUGAACUUGCAUUCAUGUUAGGCCAAAAACAAACAUUUGCCAUCAACAUUUGUUCAUCAAGGUUUGAUUGUCGUUCGUCUAAUUUCAACUCUGUUCUUGUUUCCUACUUACAGGACACUGCCUUAAAAAAGCCCAGAGAAGUAUUCAGGCUUCCUGCAGACUUGAUAGCUUGUGAUAAUCGCCUUUGUGCAUCUGUACACUUCACAUCUUCCACCUGGGUUACGCUUUCAGAUGGAACAGGAAGGCUGUAUCUGAUUCGAACAGGAAAACGUGGCGAUGGCUCAUGUGAAAAGUGGGAAGUAAGUAUUGUAAAGCCUAGCUUUUCUAUUUCCAGAUGGUUGAAUGUGCUUAAGCAAAGCUAGAAGUUACUGCCUCCUGCUCUUCCUGUGUAAACCAGCUCUUUCCCCUCUUACUGCAUCUUGAAGGUCUUCAGGUCUCCAGAACCUUAACUUGGAUCAUUCUUCAUUUGUGCAAGAAACCAGCUCUUCCCCCUCUUAUUGCAUCUUGAAGGUCUUCUGAUCUCCAGAACCUUAACUUGGGUCAUCCUUCAUUUGUGCAAGAACACUUGCCAGUCAGGGUUAUAUGGUAUCCAAGCCAUGCUACCUUACUUAACAUGUACAAGAGCAGUCUAGGAAACCCUGCCAGCUGAAGAGGAGAAUGUAUGGCAGAGAAGGUAAAUUUUGACUGUCGAACAGGGAAUGGCGGAAGAGACACUGAGAAAGUACAGUGGUACCUCUGGUUGCGAACGCCUCUGGUUGCGCACGCUAUGGGUUAUGAGCGAGCUCCGAUAACCCGGAAGUAGCCACUCCCAGUUGCAAACUUUGCCCCGGGAUAUGAGUGGAAAUUGCGUGUCAGAGGUGCGCACACAAUGAGAGGCACACUUUCGCUAAUAGCACCUCAUAUUAUGAGCAGUUUCCAGUUACGAACGGACCCCCGGAACAGAUUCAGUUCGUAACCAGAGGUACCACUGUAUGAGAGAGUGAGAAACGUCUUGCAGGAUUAGUUGAAAAGUUCAGUAUUUGGUUUUAAAUAGUUGCCACCCAGAGAUUUCUGUGAAGCUUACAAGCAGGCAUGAAGGCAGCAGGUACCCAUUGUGGUGCCUUCCUAGUUUCUGAUACUUGGGUAUACUGCCUCCAAAUGUGGUGGUGUCAUUUGGACAGGCAGCAAAUGGCAAGUACAUUUUUUAUGUUUUUUAUUUUAUUCCAAGCCUCAGAGAAAAGUGAUCUCCCUGAUCUUGUACUGAGCCUCAGUACAGCCCAGAAAGCAGUGAGAUGUGGGCAAGCAGGGACAAAACCUUUUCUCUCAGCAUGUCCUAAGCUUGGAAGCACAGGGGAGGGUGGGGCUCACCUCUACAAUCUUGCUGGACUUUGUAAGCACUUCAGAUACCUCUAGUUGGAGGUGUCAUGUUAUAAUCUGGACCCCGUAGGAUAGACGGCCAGCAUACCUUUUGACUGGCUACCAAAGUCAGCCAAAUUUUCUGUACCCUUGCAUUUUGUUACCAUGCUGUAUGUGUAGCCUGGGGUGUAACUUCACAUCUGGAUAGCACAUCCAGAAAGCAAUCAAAGUUACUCAGAUGAAUCUCUCCUGCUGAUAUUUCUUAAGUGAAUUUGAAAACAGAUGUAGAAAUGCCAAGUGCUGAAGCUAUGGUCUUCUUAAUGUCUGAAGCUGCUUCAUUCCAAGUCAUUUGUUUACUGUGAUUACCUGUUUAAGACCUUUCUAUGCCCUGCAGCCUGAGCUUAUGGGAACUCGGCUAGGCGCUGCCUAUGACACACUAGUUCUGUGUUGUACUCUAUGGCUUCUCCCUCUACAUUCAGUGUUACCAAGUCAAGGUAACUAUAGUAAAAGUACAUUUGAAGUGAAGUCAAGCAAAUAUAAGCACAUUAAGUGAAAAGGCAUAUGAGAAGUAUGCAUCUUUCAAAAGUGUCUCAUGGGGACAUUGCUGCCUUCGAAGUGUGCCUUUCAUAGUCGCUCUGUGAUUUUGUUGAUACUCGAAAUGUGAAAUUUGAUUUUGUUUGCAAGUCAUAGAUCUGCAACCAUAAUUCAUCAGGAGAAUUAAGUAUUAAUAUAAACAGUGGAAGAAAUUUGUGGAUUGCAUAUUAACACUAAUAGUGUUUAGAUGGGCACUAAUCCUAGCUUUAUACCAUAAGUGGUUUCAUUGAGCAUUGAAGAAUCCACUUUGCUUGCUUUAUUUCCAAGCAUCCUAAAUUAACUAUCUGAACUGUUUUUGAGAGAGAAUAAUGCAGCAUAGAGAUUGUUUCUCCCCCUUGCUUCCUGGCAAAAAGACACAGUAGCAACAGAACAUGUCAUCUGUGUCCUGCUUUGAGGGUUCAAAGCACUUUGCGUAUGUUGGUUCAUUAACAACAGCACUACUGUAGUCAAGUCAUUAUUGUACCUGUUUUGAAAAUGGAGGGGUCGAAAUGUAAAUUAAAUGGUGAUGUACAUAAACCCACCUACUUACACAUAUGUAUCGGAAACAUAUCUUACUGAGCAGGUGAAAUGCUUCAAAAGAAUACCCAGCACUAAAGCUACCCAGUCAUCAGUAAUCUGAUAACACAAAGAGCCAAUAGUGACCCACCUGGUCAUAAAAAGCAGCAACUUCCGACUGGCUUCUCCCUCUGGGCAAUCGGUAUUUCAGACAUGGACUGAGCCUCUCUCAGAUAAUCCAUCCCCAUUUCCCUUCACUUCACCCAACUCUGACAGCAGCUGGUUACCAAUAAUAAAACGUUAUGCAUAUUAAUUUCAGAAUCAUGUAUGGGGUAACUACAGUAGGCAGGGAUUGUAUGACUUUUGCCUUGUUCAUUUAAAAAAAAAACAAUUCCUGGUUCUAAGAUAAUCGCACAGCAAGGGUAUGAGAUCUGUGCAUCGUAUAAAAAGUAUGUGACACAAAAGCUUAUAUUCAGGCUUUCCACGGUCUGAAAUCUCUUUCAGUGCACAGGAUAUCUAAGUUAUUAAUGCUGCUUAUCAUUGGGGACUGUUUAAAGAGAAAGCUGAUGGAAGGAGACUUGCUUGUAAUGCUUUUUCAACUUAAUGGCAUAUAUUUUCACUGUAAGGCCUUACUUAUCUAGAUGUACUUUAUGCUGUGGGGUAAAGCUUGCUAGUUUGCAAACCAAGCUCAUGCUGAUUUUCCAGAUGAAAGAGUAAUAAUCUGUUUCCUGUGAACAGUUGUGUAAAAAAGCAAAGUUGUCCUAAGCAAGUGCAUAUCCAAAUUUUCAAGCAUUAGUAUAACUUGAAUUUUAUUUCCAUGUCAGUUUGCAACAAAGGCCAUACAAUAAAACUUUGGGGUUAAUGCAAAAUCUAGAGUAGGAAAAUACAGAUACUGAAACCUAGGUAACAAUGGUUGCAAAUGCUUAUUUAUUGAUUAAAACGUUCAUAUGAGAAGUCAGCAACUUCCUUCUUCCCUCUGCUUGCUCCCUGAUGCUCAAAAACUGCUCAGUGAAUACACUGGUGCUUACUGGUAACAAAGCAUGAUUGCAGUCAAUUUUUCUACCCAUUUUUUAAAAUACUUUUGACUAAAGUUGAUGACAACUCAAAACCCUUAUUCAAAACCCAUUUCCUUCUAAUUACGGGGCUUAAAAUGCAGACUCAUUAUCAAGUCUGUUCUUUCGGACUGUACAUUGCCCACACAUUUAUUAGAUAGUGGAAAUGAUCUAGUUUCCAGGGGUGGUGGCAAUGUCAGAUUCGUAGGCACCAGAAUCAAAUUAUUUAUAUGCAUGAAACAAGUAAAAAUGGGAAGAAAAAUCUAUGCUUGAAAUGAAAAUGAUGCUAUGCUUUCAGCGAGUUUUUAAACCUCUCAAGUAAUAACACUCACUGUGCCAAUAAAGCUGGAUAGAUGUCUUGGAAAAAUGAGUGUUGUAUGUACCUCAUCAGCAUUUUCCAAAAGGUAAUAACUCUUGUGGAACCAGGUACUAGAGCAGAGAUGCCACCAAAACCCAGCAUUCCUGUGUCAUCUUCCCCCCCACCCCAUUCUGCACUGUAUUCUUGUCUCAUCCUUGAGUUAUCUGUUUGAUCUGAAACAUGCAUUGUGCAUUCAGAAGGCAUGACACAGUAGCAUUCACAAAGUCUGUCUCUUCUCAGAUACUAUUCAAUGAAGAAUUCGGGAGUCCCUUUGUUAUAGUCCACAGCAUCUCCUUUCUGCAGUCUGAUGCUCAUUCAGUGGGCGUACUGCUCCUUCGCGUAGAAAAAGAUGAAUUGGAUGUACAAGGCAGUGGCUUCCAUGUUUCCUUGGAAUGGGUCACAAUUACAAAAACAACCAAGGAGAGUAAGUAUUUUACUUACUGUUGCUUUCCUUGUGUCUGAAAAAGAGACUCGUACUCCUUAUAUGUUUAGGAAGUUGCCAUUCCAAUGGCUCAGGUAGCAAGAAAUAAUUUUGUCAUCUUGUUGAUAGUUGAGUGAAGGAUCUAAAUCUGAAGUCAUUUGGGGGACUGUUGGAUCCCUGAGAGUCAAAACAGUCACUGAGGAAGGCAACAAGCAUGUUGUAAAUCAAAUUUAAAUCAAUGGGGCUGACUUCUAAGUCAAUGGGUGUCUUGGAAAUGUGGCUGCUGUGUGCCCCUUGUUAGUAUUUCCCAUAAUGAAAACCCAAGCUUUCAGCCAGUGCAGCACAUUUGCAACUUCUCCUUUCUCCCCUGAAAUCAUUAUGAGAUACUAAUUGCGACUCAGUUGUCAGAGCACUGAUCCUUCUGUAGUCCAAACAGCAGCAUCUGUGCACAAGAGCUGGUAUCAGCAGGCUGCAGAGGGGGAACCCACAUUUUGCACAGAGGACAAACAAGUCUUUACAAGGAAAAGCACUUUCAAAUAUUUUUAAGGUAUUUUCAGACCACCUUUUAGGCCCAAACACUCAGCUUCUAAGAUGCACUGGGAGGGGACCCCAAAAACAGCCCAGUGAGGACUGAGCCUUCUUAGAAGGCAUUGAAUGCAAGUUUACUGGAGCAAAAGUUAAUGGAAUAGCGGGGUUAUGGAAGGAGAAGGAAUGGCAUGGAGCAUCCUGAAGAGGAGAACUCCACAUGGCAUUUUGUAAUACCAAAUAUGUGAUUUGAUAUUGUCACAGGACAAUAUUUGCCUUUUCAUUUAGUUGGCUGUCCCUUGCAGGGCUUGGGAUAGUUGUGGCAUGAUGAUGUUUUACCAAUACCUCAGGUUACAUACGCUUCAGGUUACAUACGCUUCAAGUUACAGACUCCGCUAACCCAGAAAUAGUGCUUCAGGUUAAGAACUUUGCUUCAGGAUAAGAACGGAAAUUGUGCUCCGGCAGCGCAGCAGCAGCGGGAGGCCCCAUUAGCUAAAGUGGUGCUUCAGGUUAAGUACAGUUUCAGGUUAAGAACGGACCUCCGGAACGAAUUAAGUACAUAACCCGAGGUACCACUGUACUAUUGUUCCCACCACCAAAAUACUGUGUACCCUGCCUCUCUGUUAAGUAUUCUGGAGGUGGCUAACAACAUACGUUACAAAAAAAAUCCAAUGCCCACAGUAAAAUCAUUGUGAUACUGCUCUUUCCUGCUGGUACCACUCUUCCUUCAAAAGUAUUUUUCACUGCAGUGCCACUCUUUCAUAUAGACAAAUGACUCCUGUGCAUCCCACACGAAGGCUAAGCAGUAAGAAGAUCAAGGCAGUAUUAAGUUCUCUUUCCCCUCCCUAGCCGAUCAGUACAGAAAUACUCAGUGCCCUCAGGCACCAGUCAUGGCUGGCUGGAACAGAAACUCCAUGUUUCCUCGGAGCCAUCUUUUAGAAUAGCUUACCUGCUGUUGCAAAGAACCUUGUGGUAAAUAUUAAUACGGCCUUUAUUUGUAUUCCUGUGUUCAACAGAUCCUGCUGCCUUCUUGUAGCAGUUAUUGGUAUCUAAUUUCAUGCAUUUCCUGAGGUCUUUCCAACACAGUACUGGUGGUUACUUUUAAAGGGGGGGGGCUGGGUUUUAAUUACAAACCACAAAAGAGCAAAUUUAGGAAAGAAAAGGCUAAUGAAAUAGCUAGAAGACCAAUAGAGAAUUGCCUCUUUUAGAGCAGCAAAAUGAAUUUGUUAUCAGCCUGGAUAUUUAUUAUGUAGCUGCUUCAGAUGAAUGAAACAGGUUGCUGAAAAGUGCUGUAUUUAUUUAAGUGUAUGUAUUUAAGGAGAAAACAAUUCUUAGGAUAAUACUGUAUCAGGGUUUUCACUGUUCUCUGAAAUAUGCUUAUUUUUCAGGUAAGCCUCUGUGUGGGGCUACCCAGUUUUGCAAGCUAUGUCUGGCAUAAAUGGAAACACCUAGAUGGGUGGGCUGGGUUUGCAUACCUGCAGCCAGAAUCCAAGGAAAGCCCAGUGCAUGCUGGCAUUUUUGUGUAACAACAGAGGAGUGAGAUGCUAGUUAUUAGAGGGGACAUCUUAAGAACAAAACAGGCUACUAAAUUAGGUUAAGACAAAGCGGAAACGGGCUCAUUCUAGGGACCUAUUCUUCUGUAAGGCUAUACAGAGGGGCAAAUCCUUAACAACUAGCAAAGCUCUCUAUUUGCAAUAAAAAGAAAUAUUAGCAAGGAUGCCUCAGAGGAUAUGGGAAGUGGGUAGAAGAGGCUUAGGACAUAUUUCCAUAUAGGUUUUAGUCUGAAUAUGACAGGAGGAAGCUCGGCAUAUGGAAACAAAGAAAUGGUCUCAUCAAACUCUCCAAAUUGGCUACAGAUUUAAUUGUCUUUGGAGAGUGGGAGGUAAUGAGAGCAGAGCCAAGUGUACCCAGGAAGCUUAAAAGCAGCAUGAAUCCUCCAGGAAAGGGGUCAGAAAUGGUUUCUGGAGACCAUUUGCCUAGAAAUAGUCUUCAUUACAGUUCUGCAGGUGAGAGUCAACAGUACUAUGCUAGAAGACUUGUCGAAGAGCAAAAACCUUGGAGAUGUUUGUCUGACUUCUUUCUCACACUGUUACACUAUGACGCUGCAAUCAAAUAGAAUUGACUUUUUUCAAGUAGUGCUUUGGGGGUUACCUUGCAGUCUGUCAUGCCAGGAAUAUUGAAAGCCUGCUAGAUUGAAAAGCCUGCAGACACCUAUCUCAGUGUUUCUGCAUUGACUUUUUGUAUGGUCAAGAUCUUCCCAACUGAGGAACGUGUUGAUUUCUGUUAAAGUCAACCAGCCAGCGGGUUAGAUUUUUGUCCUUUAAAAACUGGGAUGAGCAGGGUUGGGUGGUGUCAGCACAUUCAAAGGAAUUGUUUCUCUUUUAAUCAGGUGAUCAUGGGUAUGAAAUCUCCAAGCGUCGAGUUCUUCAAGGAAAGUCAGUUCCGCAUUAUGCAGCUAUAGAGCCAAGUGGCGAUGGCCUGAUGGUUAUUUCAUACAAGCCCUAUGCUCUCACACAGAAUGGUGAGGAUAAGCACGACAAAAGUGAAAAGGAGAAAGCAGAGGAAAACAAAAAAGGUAACCUUGCAUUCCUGACAAUAGGUUAGACAACUAGCUCUUUAUUUAUUAUUGCUUUAUAAAUGUCUAUCUCACCUUUCAGGGCACACUAGGGAACAAAACAUGGUCUUGUAGCUUAUAUUUGUAUUAGAAAUGCAGUGCACCGUACAUUCAGCACAGUUUUAAGUGUUGGUAAAGGUAAAGGGACCCCUGACCAUUAGGUCCAGUCGUGACCGACUCUGGGGUUGCGGCGCUGAUCUCACUUUAUUGGCCGAGGGAGCCGGCGUACAGCUUCCAGGUCAUGUGGCCAGCAUGACUAAGCUGCUUCUGGCGAACCAGAGCAGCACACGGAAACGCCGUUUACCUUCCCACCGGAGCUGUACCUAUUUAUCUACUUGCACUUUGAGGUGCUUUCGAACUGCUAGGUUGGCAGGAGCAGGGACCGAGCAACAGGAGCUCAUCGCGCCACGGGGAUUCGAACCGCCAACCUUCUGAUCGGCAAGUCCUAGGCUCUGUGGUUUAACCCACAGCGCCACCCACGUCCCUAAGUGUUAGUAGUAUGGUUUUAAAGUUUUCUGUGCAGAAACCAACCUGUCAGUUCUCCAAAUGAGCAAGAUGCAGCUUGUUUAUUUGGAAGGGUGAAUAGCUUGAUGACCAUUACCUGAGGAUUCAGCAGACUUAACAAGUACAUGCCUCAAGACAAAAGCUGAUCACCUGCAGGGAUUAGGAAAAUUAUUGCUUCCCCCCUCCACAGGCUCAGCAUUUCACUUAAUUGAUUAUGUGAUGCUGCGUUGAAACAACAGGGAGCGCUUGGUAUGUUGAAUAGAUUACAGAGGGUAAUCUUAGUGUGAUGUUUCUGUUUUAUGCAAGGGGUCCCCUCUUAACUUCUGCUUUGUUCUGGCGCAGGUUUUCCAUGUUAAGUUAAAAAGAUUCAGUCAGAAAACUUCAGAAAAGAACAGGGAAGGGGAGAGAGAAACAUCUUUUUCUGAAAAUUUCCAGGUUUUUUCUCCCAGGCCUUCACAUCUCUACCAGGUCGUAGUCCAACAUUCCAACCACUACACCACCCUGCCUGUCCUACAGGUGUGCUUAGUGUUGCAGUUCACCAUCAGUGAUCCAUUCCUUUUUGUGUUCUUGGUUUGUAGAACCUCUCUACUACUGGCAAGAGACUGAAGAGGAUUUGACGGUUACUUUUCAGCUACCAGAAGACUUUGCCAAAGAGGACAUUCGAGUCCGUUUUUCUCCAGGCCAUCUCAGUGUCGCACUGAAAGAUCCCCUCAGCCCUGUAUUAGAAGGAACGCUUUUUUCAUCGAUUGAUCACGAAAGCUCCACGUGGAUAAUUAAAGAAAAUAAUAGGUAUUUCUUGCAGUACUGAGUAGUCUAGUCUGGUGUCUGUAUAGCUGAAUGCCUAAGUAGCUCAAUAGCCCUGGGCACUAAAGUGUGUAAUACUGUGAACCUGAGCUGUCUUAUUAGGUGUGCUUCCUUUCCUUGCAGGCUGCUUCCUUUUCUUCACGGAAACAGAAACUGGUCACAGUUAGUCGUACGUAGACAUUUUAUAAAGAGAGACAAUGGAAUUUGAACAGAAUUUGAACAAGGCCUUCCACUAGUUCCAGUACAUUUGUUGCUCGAUAGGAAUUGCUGAUAAAUUAUAUCUUUUCUUUAAUGAAUGCUUGUGAUUUAAUACUAUUACCUUUUGUGCCUCUAAGCAGGCUGCUGCAACAGCAAAGUUAGUGGGGUAUAUGCAGUUUGUAUACCGCCCUAUACCCGCAGGUCCCAAGGCGGUUCACAAGAUAAAGUCGCAAUAUAAAAACACAAAAUAUAUCAUAAAAACAAAAGCAACCCAAUAAUCCCCCCACCCUAACACAUUUUAAAAGUGCAUUGGAUGUCAAUCAGCCAAAGGCCUGGUUAAAGAAGAACGUUUUUGCCUGGUGCCUAAAGGUGUAUAAUGAAGGCGCCAGGCGAAUGUCCCUGGGGAGAGCAUUCCACAAACAGGGAGCCACUGCAGAAUAUUAUUAUUAAUUAUGAUACUUUAGAGUUCAGCAUGUAUGUAUUCACCAUUUUAGCAAGAUCUAUAUAGAUUUAUUUAUCUAGAGAUCUAUAUAAAUCCAGUGUGUAGUCUUAAAUAAAGGAAGAGAGUAACUCAGCACUGGACGCUAAUGUAACUUGUUCAGUCCAUUUAAUGGGAACAAUCAUUAAACAAAUGUCUUUCAUUAGGCCGGUUUCAGUAUUGGAUUUCUCUGAGGGGGGUUAAUUUAUUUUAAUGAAAGCAACACUAUUUUCAUUCCAGUGAGGAGAACUAUAGACUGAAAAUUAAAAUGCUUUAGCUCAUCUUGGCAUGGAUAACUUAGAGAUGUCUACUGUUGCUUCAGAUUAAAGUUUUGAAAUCUAUCCAGUUUUCCAAGAGAUUUUUGUUGUUGUUUUAACAGCCUUAAUCAAUCAUUUUAUUUGUACGCCAAAGUUAAAACUGUGCUCAAGGCCACUUACGACAUAUAAAUAAUUACGUAACUGCAAACAUAACAAAAGUAUUCAUAAACAAAACAUCAGAAAGUUCAAAACCAAACUGAACAAUUUCCACAUAGACUGUAAGAUCCAAAAUAAAGAUACAUGUUAAACAUUCUGAUUAGCUAUUUGCAGAGAAGGUUAGGAAUUCUGUUCAAUACAAAUGCAUAUAGCCCUCUAGUCAUACAUUUUGUAACCGCAUGUGAAGUGAGUGGUGUUUUCUCUUGAUCGUUUUGGGAUUGAAAAAAGCCUUUUCUAAUCAUAUCACAUGUUGAUCAUGAAAGCGAAAGCUCUUUCCAUCUAAAUUAACUUGUUGAAAACAAUGGGAUUAUUUCAAUGCUUCUCCUAUCCCCAUUAUCUUUCCUCCAGCUGUCAGUGUUUCGGGUUGAUUUGGCUGGCUUUUCUUUCCGCAAAGCUAAUUAAGACAUUUGCAAGGAUCAUUUUUGACAACAAAUGUGUUUCAAGUUUUUCCUCUGACUUAAGUGUUUGAAAACAAAGGCUUGGUAUGGGCUACAUUUGGCGCUCUAUUUUUUAGAAAUGGAGAUAAGUGCAAGCUGAUCCAAUCUUCCAGAUUCCUUUUCUUUUUCCUCCCGUAAAGCUUUUUAAAAUACUGCUUUUGCUUAUCUCCCUUUGCUUUUCCACCCCUACCUUCUAAUAGGCAAAAAAAAAAGUUUAACAGAUAUUUCUGCAUAGGAGAAGGGGAAGUGGAAGGGCCAUAUAGAGCACAUGUGUUGUAUGCAGCAGGUCCCAGAUUCAAGCCCAUCAUAGCUUUGAGAACAGCGCACUUAGCCAGGUGGCCUUGGUUGAACUAGAGAUCAAAACGAAGUACAUAUUUGAAACAUAUCUGCUUCAGACCAUGCUCAGUGACAUAAUCUUUUGCAUGCACUUUGGAAAGCCUCAUUUAAAAUCAAUGGCUUUUUUUGCAGCCAUAACACUCCUCUCCUGAGAAGACCUGUGUAAUCCUGGUGUUUUUGGGUGAAGACAACAGCUUUGGUUGUCCACCCAAAAUAGGUUGGAGUUCCUGCACCUCUUUUCCUAGGAAGAAAGCACUGGCUGUUUCCCAAAUAAGCAUAGUUGUGACCAGGAUGCACACUCCGUUUAGAACUUGCAAGUGUUGGAAGGAUAAACAUGAUAUUUAUCAUUACUCAUAUUGCAGUAGUUAAGAGUUCUGGCUUGGAUGUUAGCGUCUGUUCUGCACACAGAACAGAGCUCAGCCUCUGUUGCCCCCCAAGAAUUAAUCCCUGAAGACUGGGGAACUGCAUGGGAUGUGGCACAACACUCUUCUUGCUGCACACAUAACCUGGCAGAGGAGCAGGAGUGAUGGUCCCAGCAAAAACCAGACACUUCUGUGCACAGAUUUGCCUCCUACUUGCCCAACAGCACCUUAGCACUGAAACAAUUUUUUGGCGUGGUUAUUAAAAAUAUAUAUAAUUAUAGUGUGGCAUAUACUAUGACACGGUAGGCAUGAUAAUUAGUAGUAUUCUCCAUUUUCCAACAGCCUCCUAGAGCAGGUAACACACCGUACUCAAAUCUUCAUUGUCCCCAGUUUGACAAUGCCUUCUUUAAAAAAUAGAAGAUGCAUACUACGUAAAUGUUACCUUUAGACAGUACACUCUCAUGGUAAAGAUUGAGAGGGCAUGAGUUAUGAACUUCUGGAUACUAUAGCAGUGGCUUCCCUGCUGUUCCACAUGGAAGAUCAAGGUAGGUUUGACACUUGAACCUGUAAUAGAUCUUAGCACUCAGAUCUGCAGAUCAUCUUAGCACAGGCAUAGGCAAACUCAGCCCUCCAGAUGUUUUGAGACUACAAUUCCCAUCAUCCCUGACCACUGGUCCUGUUAGCUAGGGAUGAUGGGAGUUGUAGUCCCAAAACAUCUGGAGGGUCAAGUUUGCCUGUGCCUAUCUUAGCACCUGCUAAGUUACAAAUCAGGAAAAUGAGAAAUGCUAACAGCACUUAUAGUCAUACAUCUUAAGACAGAGAACUCAUAAAAUGUUGCAAUGAAAUGAUACCACUUCAGCUGUGCAUGUGGAGACCACGUGUUUGAAAGUGCUUCUGCAUCAAAAUCAUGCAAACAAAGCAAGUUGGGCCAUGCAUAUGUAUGAGUGUAAACUUAAUUUGCAUCAUCUUCCCUUUAAAAAAAGAAAAGAGAAUGAAGCUGGGUUCGUUCAUUUGUACACACUAUGUUUGCAGCACAAAUUACCUUCUACAUUAUAUAUCUACUAAUUUAAGAAUCUGUGUACCGCCCUUCACCACAUGGUCACUGGAUAGAUUAUAACUUGUCAGAAUAUACACAUACAAUGAGAUACAGCGAAAGUGGAUGUACUUAAGUGGAUGUAAUUAAAAACUCAAUUUAAAAUCUUGACCUUCCAGGUUCAGAUUGUAAGCCGGCACAUUUUGCCUCCUGACGCAGAGCCGUCCAUCUGUGUGGCAUCUGGAGGCAAACCCAUUACUUUGCCAGUUCAGUUAAGGGAGUAUGUUGUUUGAGGGAGGAUAUUGAUGAAGAGCACCCUAGUGGUAGGCCAAAUAUUAGUGACCUCUGGCCCCACUAUGUUAAUUGAUCAGAGUGUUUUUGCAAGAGAGAGUGUGUGUAUUUAUCAUUUUGAUAUUUCAUAUGUACAGUGGUACCUCAGGUUACAGACGCUUCAGGUUACAGAUGCUUCAGGUUAUAGACUCAACUAACCCAGAAAUAGUACCUCGGGUUAAUAACUUUACCUCAGGAUGAGAACAGAAAUUGCGCGGCGGCGCAGCAGCAGGAGGCCCCAUUAGCUAAAGUGGUACCUCAGGUUAAGAACAGUUUCAGGUUAAGAACAGACAUCCAGAACAAAUUAAGUUCUUAACCCAAGGUACCACUGUAUUUUAAACUGUUGAACUAGCCCAGUUGCAUAUGCCUGGUGGUCUUCCAAGGAGCGUACACUUCACUUUUCUGUGUCUUGAUUAAUCUUUAUUAAUGUUAGCGCUUAUGGAAGGCUUGGAUGUCUGGUGGUAUGUACAACUGCAUGCUUAAGUAACAGACGUUACACUGCCCUUCAAAACUAAUAGCCUUCCGAAUAUGGCUUCCAUUGGUAGCAAAUAUGCAUUGCUUUAUGUUAAUAACCAAUAUAUGUUUAGAAACAUGCAUACAAUUGAAAUCAUAAUACAAGAACCUGUUGAUAUAUGUCUGAUGCAAUAAAAUUAAGACACCAACCAAAAAACCAGUAACUCAGCAAUAGCAGCCUAUACAAGAAAAGCUUUCAGUUAUAAGCCAAGGAGAAGAAAUGGUUUAGUGACACUAACUUGUUAGGAUACCUUGUUCAGAGACAUCAUCUCUGAAUACCAGUUAAUGGAGGCAAACAGCAAAGGAAGUCUAUUGCUUUGGGGCCUGCUAGAAUCAUCAGGGUGGCCACUAAUGGAAACGAGGCGCCUGAUUUGAUAGCUUGUCUUCAUUUCUCAUAUUUAGUAAUUCGUCUAGAAUGCAGAUACAACCAAUAAGGGACUGGAAAGCGUUUUUAGUGGGGAGGAUCUGAUGGUGUAAGGAAUUCAACUUGGGGGCAGUUUGGCAGCUAACUCCACCUGAGAGAGGUCAAUUUGAUUAUCUGUUUUCAUCUUGUUUUCAUAAUUGGUUUGGAAUUGCUCCGGAAUAUCUCAGUAAUAGUACCAGUCGUGCCACAUCUGUGUCUUACCCAUUUGAAUUUUCCCCCCUUCAGUGCAGCUUUCACUGGAUAGUUAAUGAAAUAUUUAGAAGAAGAGUGACCUUUUAAUAAUGGGUAUGGGGAAGGGAGGAAUGAGUGGCUAAUCUAAAUUAUGAAUUUAUAAAGCCAGAGUGGCUUAGUAAUUAUUAGCUUGUGAUCAAGUGCCAAAGUGAAGUAUUAAUUCUUCAGCCCUAAACAAGUUACUUCCCUGCGAGUUCCACAAUAUGAAUUUAUCAUGUAAGAUUUGGAGUACAUUUAGAGAGGCAAACUCUCUAAAUGGGAGAUUUGUUAUGUUUAUAUGGCUCCUCUUCUUUGCUGAAUUCAAUCUAGAGAAUAUUUCCUCCCCCAUUUUUAUAAAUUAAAAGGCUACUUGCUGCAUUGAGCCCUGGAUUUCAGCAACUUUGGCAAGGUCCAAGGGGCAGCCAUAUGGCAUUCUGACAGAGGACGGUAUAAUAUCAAGCUAACUUAUAUGUACAAUUUGGAAACAGAUCUACAAGUAUUGCCGGAAGUAGGUCAGAAUAGAAUGGAGAGAACUGCCUUUAACUCUUUCAUUAUGCGUGGUUCCAAGUGUCAAUUUAAAAGCUUUCCUACAAUUUUCUAACUAGCUAGUACAUGAGCCUCUUGCAGGUUUCCUGUUAAAGUCAAACUGCUUUGGCAUCUUGGGGACAAAAUCAUUUUACUAUGGAAGUAAUAAAGCCAUCGUGCAUAAAUUCCAAAUUCUCCCAUGUAAAUCAGGAACCUUGUGCAAGUAGUGCAGUGUUGCUCUGCUUUAUUUCAGGUGAAUCUCCCUUUCACUGCAGCCCACAAAGUUCCCUAUCUAGAUUUUGAUGAAGAUUUUGGGGGCAUAGGUGGGGGAAGUACAUGUGCGUAGGUGGGGAGGGACAGGGAAAUAUAGUAUGAGCUGCUUUUCCACUCCUUCAAUUCUGGAUACUACCUGAUACUGAUAAUUUUGUCCCACUCAUCAAAUUUACCAAUAUUCGUCUCUUCAUCUCUUUGCAGCUUGGAGAUUUUCCUGAUUAAGAAGGAAGUGGGACCUUCGUGGCCAGAACUGAUUGUUGGUGACUCUCGGGGAGAAUAUGUCAUGGAUCCAGCCAAGAGUGCCGCAAUAGCUGAACGUCUGACGCAUCUAACCUCUGAUGAAAUGGUAAAGUGCUGAUCAAAGAGAACUCUUUUGAUUCUAAGAGGGAAAUCAGUCUUAUCAUAUUGCAGCAGAAUCUUUAAGUCAAUCUCACUGAAGCGAGUCCCGUAAGUCAAUGUAACUUACUACCUAGCACACAUGUGGAUGGACAACCUGCAGCCCUCUGCUGGUGCCCCUGACCGCUGCUAAAUUUCACUAGCUGAAGGCUGAGAGGACUGCAGCUGCAACGGGGAUCGGGGGGAGGCACACAGGAAGAGUCACCCCUUUCUGCCUUUUCUCUGCUGUAAAGUCGGGGUCCGCAAGGGCCCUGUGGGAGGUUUGGCUUGGGGCAUUUCCCCCUUCCUAGCUGGAAUCUCUGCCCCUGGUUGCCCAGUGGGACCCUAGGCAUUCAAAAUUGACUGACACUCAUGGUGGGCGUUUGUUUAGCAGUUGUGUGGUUUGUCCUGAAAGCUCUGAACAACUGUUUGGCGGGUUGGGAGGAGUGCUUCUCUCUCUCUCGGGUCUGUCCUUCAGUCCAGUGGGGAGAGAUUGUGUGUGUGUGUGAGAGAGAGAGACAGAGAGAGAAAGUUUGUAUGCAUGUGUAUACGUUCACGAGAUGUGGCCCUUGAACACCCAUCUACUGUUGACCUUGACGCUUGGAGCAAACCAGGACAAGGUUGUUAUGAUGAACAGUUAAACUGCUAAAAACACCAAUGCUACAUUGAGUUCCCACUCCUUGGGUGGGUAUCAUAGUUGUGCUUCCCACCCCAAUCUCCAGUGGCAGAUCAACAAUGUGGGGUGCUGGUGGGAACACUUGACAGCAUCCAUUUGCAUAAUUAUAUGUUACGGCCAAAGCUGGGGUAGCUUUCAGUUUUCAGCAACCCCAACACAUUUCUUAUCGCAUCUAGUUCGACCCACAAACGCUUGGUAAAGCGGGGCUCACUUCUGCCUGUAUCUGAAUUGGUGAUAGGGUGGUAUGGUACAGCAAUGGAUGCAUAGACGUAUUUAGCUCUGAGAAGCCUGCACUGAUUUCACUGUUGAAAGACUCGUGUAUAGGCAGGUGGUUGGGCUGUGUGGUGGCUGACCAUAUUAUGGCUCAGUUGUUACCUUGAUGAUGGUACUUUCUUCAGUAGUUUAUUUACUUCCUCAAAAGAGAGAGAGAGAGAUGACAACAGUAAUUUAAAGCAUCCGUUUCCAAGGCUCUAGGCUCUGCUAUCACAGCCAUUAGAGUAGCGUCCCAGGGCACCUUUCAAAGGCUAACAAAUGCCUUGUGACGCUAAGCUUUUGUGGGUUGAAGCUCUUUUCAACAGCUUCAGAUGGUACUGAGAUAGCCUGCCUUCCGAUAUUUCACAGCUGAUAAUAGGGGCAUUUUUUGUCCAAGAUCCUUAUUUCCAUGCACUACUUGUCUCUUCCACAUCCAGGGAGGCACAGGAGGAGUCAGGUACACAUAGCUUAUCUAUGAACAUGAGUCUAGGAAGUACAUCAGGAACAGAAAUCUGUACAUGGUGUUACUUGAACAAGAAAAGCCAACACCCAUGUUUUCAAAUCUAUUCCUUCUUCACACACAGGCAUGCAUAUAAAGGGAAGUUUUUUUUAAAAAAAAAUCUUUAUUUAUUUUGACUGAAAGUUUGAUAAUGUGCUACAAAUUCAUAGGAAGUGAUAUUGAGUAUGCUUUUUGUGUGAGAUGUAUCUUCAUAUAUGUUAUAAUGUUUCAACUUAAUCUUCUAGGAUUCAAAAUAUUCUUGGAAACAACUGAGAUGCUGUAGUGCGUUAUUUGUGCUACAAUAAUGUGCAAACUUUUGAGCCAGUCUUGAGCUAGACCUCUUCAUAAUAGCCAGUGUUUCAUGAAUGAGCUUUUAUGUGGCAGCACCUGUAGUGGGCACACUCUCCCCACUGAUAUGUGUUGUCUAUCUUACGUUUUCAACGCAUGCUAAAGACUUUCAGCUAAACCUUCCUAGAGUAGCUGUUGGUCAUGCAUUUUAUUCUAUCUUAUGAGUCACUGGAAGAUUCGAAUAAUUGUGGGAUCUUUUGCCUCAACCCCAAGGCCUGUCUAAAAGUCAGGUAGUUGUUUAUUUCCUUGACAUCUGAUGGGAGGGCGUUCCACAGGGCAGGUGCCACUGCCGAGAAGGCCUUCUGCCUGGUUCCCUGUAACCUCACAUCUUGCAGUGAGGGAACUGCCAGAAGGCCCUCAGUGCUGGACCUCAGUGUCUGGGCUGAAUGAUGAGAGUGGAGAUGUUCCUUCACGUAUACUGAGGCAACACUUUUGAGCAGGCAUAGGCAAACUUGGCCCUUCAGAUGUUUUGGGACUACAACUCCCAUCAUCCCUAGCUAACAGGACCAGCGGUCAGGGAUGAUGGGAAUUGUAGUCUCAAAACAACUCGAGGGCCGAGUUUGCUUUUGAGGCAACACUUGCCUGCCUUCCCCUUCUGUGCUGCCUUUUCCUUCUCUGUCUGUUUCUCUCUGCUGCCUUCACUUUCCCUCUGUAUCCAAUCUCCCUCACCUGCUUGUUUCUAUGUUUCACUGGGCUGCUCCACUUAACCUGUUCUCCAAAAUUUCCUUUCUUGGUACCUGUUAUUGAUGCUCCACUAGCUGCCCUUUGGUCCUCUGGCUGGUUGAAUGUUUCUUCCUUCACCGCCACAUUGCCCUGACACUUCUGAUCCUCCCAGUUCUCCUUCUGGGCAGAUCACGGAGCUGAUACCAUUACAAUGCCUCCAGCAGCAGUUUUUAUUUUGGUUGUUGUCAUUGUAUAUAUAUAUGAUCCUUUUGUACACCGCUUCAAGGUUUUUUGGAUGUUAGGCUGUCUACAGAGAUUUUUAAUAAUAAUCUAAAAAAAGCAAACUGUUGUACCUGCAAAAAAAAUUCUUGGUAAAGAAGAUAUAUUACCUUUAUUAUAUUUUUAAAGAGUGGAAAAUUUGCCUAGUUCAUUCACAAAUCAAAUGCAUGGCAAGAAACGUACCUCAUUAGGUUGCACAAAGCAACUUUUCAUACCCGUCAGCAAGGGAAUAAUUAGACAAGCCACUUUUUUCUUAAAAUACUCUUUCGUAUAAUUGUAUCACAUAAGUGGCAGGCAUUAUCAUACUGGAGGAAUCUGUACAGGCCUUGAUUUUGUAACAAAUAGACUGAUUAAGAAUUACGUGUUUAAAACUGGGUCCAGUCAGCUGAAAUUAGCCAGCCAUUACUGUCUCCAUCACCAAUGCCAUCCCCACACGUACUAACUACCUACCAAGAAGAUAGGGGUGGGAAGGGGAAUUUCACACGGUAGUCUUUGGGCUUUGAAAUCUCAGCCCCACCAAAAGAAAAGAAGAAGCCGGAUGAAACAAUAAAUGGUAUGAGAAAAUGUUCUCUUGAGGAUGAUUUGUACCUGAAAAAAUUAUUUGGACUGUUACUGUUUAAGUAGCUUACUGGGAAAUUUUAAAACUUUAAAUCCUAGAAAUAUUUCUGUAUAUUGCCUGCUGGAACACAAUGUUAGUACCAGUAAACACCACAGGAAUUGUGUGUGUGUGUGUGUGUGUGUGUGUGUGUGUGUUUUCAGAACAAAAAGCAUACUGUACAGUGGUACCUCGGGUUAAGAACUUAAUUCAUUCUGGAGGUCCGUUCUUAACCUGAAAUUGUUCUUAACCUGAGGUACCACUUUAGCUAGUGGGGUCUCCCGCUGCCCCCGCCUCAUCCUGAACAAAGUUCUUAACCUGAGGUACUAUUUCUGGGUUAGUGGAGUCUGUAACCUGAGGCGUCUGCAACCCAAGGUACCACUGUAAUUAAAAUUGUUUUGUUUGUGAGAAUGGUACAGAACGGCCAUCAAUUAAAUAUGUGUUAACUUUUUAGAAACAAAUUAAUAGUGAAUCAUAUUUUUAAAUGCAGUGCACCAUUUAUUUCAUUUUGUGCUGCACAUACUGUGCCUGGAGAACAAUUAAACAGUUCACAAUAGUAAGACCAUUAAACAGCUAAAAUGUGAAAUGUCAGAUCUAUGCUUUUGUUCACUCUCUUAACUUAUAAUAUGCAUUUGUUUCAGUAUCCCUCCACCCAAAAAAACCACUCCCAAACCCCAAGUCUAUAUAUGCAAGGCUAUAAUAACUUUGCUGCAAUUCUAUUCAAGAUUUGUUUGUGUUUUAGGAAAUCCCAAUAACUUUGUAUGACCUAUUUAGGACCAAGCAUGUUUUGACUUGGAUUGCAGAACCCCCUGCACCUGAAGAAUCAUUUAAAAGUUACCAAGAGAAAAUACAGAGAAGAUGCUGCUGCGAUGCCGCUGUUGAGAAGGUGUCAUUGCCUCAUUGCGGCAGCUGCUCCUGAAGUCAGAUGUUCAUAGCUCAAAUUAUAAUCAAUAGGAUUAAAUGCUGCUCCCUGUGCUCAAGUCACUCAAAUCCCCUUCAUUUUCAGCCCUAACCUUCAUAAUCAUUUCCUAAGCACCCCACCUUGCUCUGGAUUUUACAGAGUGAACUUUCCUAAUCCCAGGUUUUGAGUGUGUAAUUCUGUUAGGGCGGGAGGCAGCAUCCUCUCAAGGUUCCAUGCAUCGUGGUGCGUUAUCUCAGGUUUCAGUACAGCGGUGGAACUACGAUAAAAUUCUGUUUCUUAUCUUGGUUAUGAAAGAAUCUCUCAUCCCAGCUCUGAAGAAGCCUGUGAUGAUUGACAUCCACUAUGGCGAUAAUCCUUGAAAGCAAGAAUCUUUAAAUAGAUUGAUUAGCCCGGUGGAAAAACAAAUGCACCUUUCAGAGUAAUUAUUCAGACAUGGUGCAGGCAUAAUACUUAACAAGCCAUGGUUAGUUUUUAACCUUGUUUACCAACCCUAUUAUAGGGACGCGGGUGGCGCUGUGCGUUAAACCACAGAGCCUAGGACUUGCCGAUCAGAAGGUUGGCGGUUCGAAUCCCCGCAACGGCGUGAGCUCCCAUUGCUCGGUCCCUGCUCCUGCCAACCUAGCAGUUUGAAAGCACAGUGCAAGUAGAUAGAUAGGUACCUGUUAUGCCUAUCAGCUUGGUUGCUCGAGAGCGAACAGGCAAGAGCCCCAGUGGUCUUUUCAAAGGCUUUAUUAUUGGUGCAAAAACAUUUACAGUGCAGAACGCCUCAAUUCCAUGUCUUGCUCAGUCACUAGCAGAAUCUGAGAGUGGGCGGUCCUUAAACUUUCCCCAGCAGAGUAGUCUCUUGACCCCCAUCUGACGCCUCCCCUCUCUGCGCGAAAACCUACUGUGCAAGGAGGGCUUGGGUAAAGGGGGACCUGCCCCCCCCCCGCUUUGCUCAUGCACGGUGUCUUGGCUCUUCCUUGCAUCCUCCGAGCCCUGCAUCUCUUCCCCACUAGAGGCGGGGCUUCCCUCCUCAGCUGAGGAAGUGCUGCUUUCCACGAUCUUUGGAGGCUCCCUGUAAUCCAGCUGCCCUUCCACCUCUCGUCUCUGAGCUGAUGGCAGUUCCCUGACAGUACCGCUCCUGUGGGAAGGUAAACGGCUUUUCUGUGCACUGCUCUGGUUCGCCAGAAGCGGCUUAGUCAUGCUGGCAACAUUACCCGGAAGCUGUAUGCCGGCUCCCUUGGCCAGUAAAGCGAGAUGAGCACCGCAACCCCAGAGUCGGCCACGACUGGACCUAAUGGUCAGGGGUCCCUUUACCUUUACCUUACCAACGCUAUUUAAGAUCCCAAGCAUACUAUGGAGAUAAAGUUUAGCUCAGCCUUUGCCAACCUGGCGCCCUCCAGAUGUUUGAGAUGACAGGGUCGUGCCUGCUAGGGUUGAUAGGAAUUGUCACCCAAAACUUCUGGAUAGCAAUAGAUCGGUAAAAGCUGAUUAGCUUGUCAAGCUAAGUCUAUUGGAAUUUGACCUUUAAUCUAGUCGUGCUGCUUUAGUGACAAUGGAAUCUGCUGCUUUCCUUUUCUGGUUUCUUUUUCUUCUUUUUUUAAAGAGCGUUUCCCCUAACAAAUGAGUCAUUUAAAUUUCAAAGAUUUUAAUAUUAAAAACAUUUCAGAAGUCUCAAUGUAAGAACCUCAGAUUCAUAUUUUUUUGCCUUUAUAACUAUAGUGGUACCUCGGGUUACAUAUGCUUCAGGUUACAUACGCUUCAAGUUACAGACUCCGCUAACCCAGAAAUAGUUCUUCAGGUUAAGAACUUUGCUUCAGGAUGAGAACAGAAAUCGUUCUCCGGCGGCGCAGCAGCAGGAGGAGGCCCCAUUAGCUAACGUGGUGCUUCAGGUUAAGAACAGUUUCAGGUUAAGUACGGACCUCCGGAACGAAUUAAGUACUUAACCCGAGGUACCACUGUAUCUAGGAAACCGUGGUUGAAAUCUGUUACAUAUCCUUCACAUUGUUUCACUCGGGGGCGGGGGGAGGAGAGAAAAACCUAAUGUUGGAUUCAUAAUACCUUUGACCAAGGUUUCACUUCUGUGAACCAUAAAAAUUUAGACAUGGAAAAUGUUUGGUCUUGUGAAUUAAAAGCAAUGAAUCUAGGGCAAAUGGUUUCUGCGCUGCUGAGCAUUAUUUCUCAGCAGAGGCCCUGCAUCCCAGUAGCUAGUCUAGUGUAUUAAAAUAAUAAGGAAAAUGGUAUAGUGUUGCUUUUCCUAAGCAUAUCUUCCAAAUUCUGUUUAAACUGUCAAACACAUCCUGAAAAAAAUUCUAUUCCACCAGGCUUAUGCCUGCAAUUAAAAAUACAUCUUUCCAUGAUAGUUGAUGAACUCUGAUUUUAUACACACACACACACACAAAAUCGCUUUCAUAUUUUUAAAUGAUAUAUAUAUAAAAUAUUCAUAUAUGGAUAAAAGUAAAUUCUGCUCUCAGCUUUUGAUUUGCUCUUUCUAGUCUCAGUCAAGUGUUUAUCCCCUUUAAGAGAAAUCAGUUUUCAUUUGGGAGUAACUGAGAAUGGUGCAGCAAGCCCUCUUCCAGUAAAUGCAAGUUUCUCAGUAAGUCAAUAUCCUCUUUUAUCUCUUUGUAUUUCUUUAGAAUACUUCUUGUUGUUGUUGUUUAGUCAUUUAGUCAUGUCCGACUCUUCGUGAGCCCAUGGACCAGAGCACGCCAGGCACUUCUGUCUUCCACUGCCUCCCGCAGUUUGGUCAGGCUCAUGUUUGUAGCUUCGAGAACACUGUCCAACCAUCUCGUCCUCUGUCGUCCCCUUCUCCUUGUGCCCUCAAUCUUUCCCAACAUCAGGGUCUUUUCCAGGGAGUCUUCUCUCUCAUGAGGUGGCCAAAGUAUUGGAGUCUCAGCUUCACGAUCUGUCCUUCCAGUGAGCACUCAGGGCUAAUUUCCUUCAGAAUGGAGAGGUUUGAUCUUCUUGCAGUCCAUGGGACUCUCAAGAGUCUCCUCCAGCACCAUAAUUCAAAAGCAUCAAUUCUUCGGCGAUCAGCCUUCUUUAUGGUCCAGCUCUCACUUCCAUACAUCACUACUGCGAAAACCAUGGCUUUAUACGGACCUUUGUUGGCAAGGUGAUGUCUCUGCUUUUUAAGAUGCUGUCUAGGUUUGCCAUCGCCUUUCUCCCAAGGAGCAGGCGUCUUUUAAUUUCGUGACUGCUGUCACCAUCUGCAGCGAUCAUGGAGCCCAAGAAAGUAAAAUCUCUCACUGCCUCCAUUUCUUCCCCUUCUAUUUGCCAGGAGGUGAUAGGCCCAGUGGCCAUGAUCUUCGGUUUUUUGAUGUUGAGCUUCAGACCGUAUUUUGCACUCUCCUCUUUCACCCUCAUUAAAAGGUUCUUUAAUUCCUCCUCACUUUCUGCCAUCAAGGUUGUGUCAUCUGCAUAUCUGAGGUUGUUGAUAUUUCUUCCGGCGAUCUUAAUUCUGGCUUAGGAUUCAUCCAGCCCAGCCUUUCGCAUGAUGAAUUCUGCAUAUAAGUUAAAUAAGCAGGGAGACAAUAUACAGCCUUGCCGUACUCCUUUCCCAAUUUUGAACCAAUCAGUUGUUCCAUAGCCAGUUCUAACUGUAGUUUCUUGUCCCACAUAGAGAUUUCUCAGGAGACAGAUGAGGUGAUCAGGCACUCCCAUUUCUUUGAGAACUUGCCAUAGUUUGCUGUGGUCGACACAGUCAAAGGCUUUUGCAUAGUCAAUGAAGCAGAAGUAGAUGUCUUUCUGGAACUCUCUAGCUUUCUCAGUAAUCCAGCGCAUGUUUGCAAUUUGGUCUCUGGUUCCUCUGCCCCUUCGAAAUCCAGCUUACACUUCUGGGACUCGGUCCACAUACUGCUUAAGCCUGCCUUGUAGAAUUUUAAGCAUAACCUACAUCCUGCUUUAUACGCCCAAGAAGCUCUCCAAUGCUAUUUAGCAAAAAAACAAAAUUCAAAAAUCAAAAUUGCACUCAAAUUGAGUUCAGGAACAAAGAAUAUAUGGUGUCCAUAUGGAACCUGGAUAGUUUUCCUUCUGGCAUUCCUGUGCUUAAAGAUCAAGAUUCCUGGCUUGUUUACAUGACCCUUGAAUAUUCAGUCAAGGGUAGCAUGGCAACUGGCAAAUUGCAAACAACUCCAGGGAACUAAUUUUUAUUCAUCUUGCCUGUUCAUGAACAAGCUAAAAUGUCGGCUUUUCUUGUUACCCAUUUUUGUCAGCUUCCAAAGUGAAUGCAUUGCUGGAGCAUAUAAACGCCAACCCAACUUAAAAUUCUCAAGCCGAUUUGUUAUAUUCCUCAUUCAUUUUACAGUUGAUUUGACCUCUGCCUGUGGCAGUAUUGCUCAUUUACACAAUGCAAUAUUUGUUCCCGGUUCACAAAUUGCUUUAUCGUCUUACUUGUCCUUGCGUCGGGCCUGUGCGUGUGGUUUUUCCGUUGUACGCCCUAGAAGUCAUAGAAGCCUCCCACUCUGAGCAGUUGUGAUUUCAAAGAUUCACUGGGAGCACUGGGUAAUUUGUGUUCAGUGCCUCCAUAGUGAAAAUAGUGUCCUUGAAACUUGUGAUAGAAUCAUAGAAUUGUAGAGUUCGAAGGGACCAUGAGGAUCAUCUAGUCCAACCCCCUGUAAUGUAGGAAUAUGCAGCUGUCCCUUAUGGGAAUUGAACCUGCAACCUUGGCAUUCUUAGCACCAUGCUUUUGUUAGAAUUCCUAAUCUAUAAUUGCAGUCAUAGGAUUGUUGUCUUUCACAUGACGGUAUAUGUUUUGACUCCACAAAGUGGGAAGUGACGGAGACAGGAUGUUUGUGUUACUGUGUUCCGUGAAGUGGGACUAUUGUCCUUUGUUCCUUUUCUCUUUGCUGUCUGAUGCUAGAGAGAGAGGGAGCCAUGUUGCAGUACUCCGUGUGUGUUUAUAUGUAAAUAAAGUAGAUUAGCCAAUAUGCUGGGUUGCUGACGUCUGUUACGCGCAUGAUGCGCAAACUCUGCGGAUCUAUAAGUGUGCCGGUGUCAGUUGGCAUCAGUCGCUGCGAUGUUCGGGCUGAAGAAAGCUGAUGAAGCUCCCAAAUGAUCGACCAGGAGGGAGAGAACAUGCCAGUCGGGCAUGUGUCUCUUCCAGGGUCCUACUUGAGUGUAGGCUGAACUCCUAACAGCUCUAACCAACUGAGCUAUCCAGGCAGCAUAGCUGUUACAUUUUCUUGUGCUAAAGGCACAUUCAAAUAUGUACAGCUAGCAUGUUAUGUGAAGAAUUAAUUGCUGUUUCAGCUGCGGUACGCACUAUUCCAACAGUUCAAGAAGACCUUGUUUGAACUACGUUUGAAAUAUUUUAUACAGUACAUAUUGUAUUGCAUUCGUGGGUAUUUGCGCUUCAAGACCCCCCAAGCCACCCCAGAAGAAUAAAGACACAAGGACACAGAAUUUAGGUUAAUGUUAAUGGGCAAAAUUUAGGCCACAACUUUAUUGGUUACAAAAUGUGUGUGGUAUUGGCUUAGGCACUGGCAUCAACAGACUACAGUGGCACCUCGGGUUACAUACACUUCAGAUUACAGACGCUUGAGGUUACAGACUCCGCUAACCCAAAAAUAGUACCUCAGGUUAAGAUCUUUGCUUCAGGAUGAGAACAGAAAUCGUGCUCUGGCGGCAUGGCAGCAGCAGGAGGCCCCCAUUAGCUAAAGUGGUGCUUCAGGUUAAGAACAGUUUCAGGUUAAGAACGGACCUCCGGAACGAAUGAAGUGCCAUAUUUUUCGCCCUAUAAGACGCACCAGACCACAAGAUGCACCUAGUUUUUGGAGGAGGAAAACAAGAAAAAAAAAUUGUGAAUCUUAGAAGCCAGAACAACAAGAGGGAUCGCUGCGCAGUGAAAGCAGCAAUCCCUCUUGCUGUUCUGGCUUCUGGGAUAGCUGCGCAGCCUGCAUUCGCUCCAUAAGACGCACACGCAUUUCCCCUUACUUUUUAGGAAGGAAAAAGUGAGUCUUAUAGAGCAAAAAAUACGGUACUUAGCCCGAGGUACCACUGUAUAUCUGACUCCUGCCCGCCUUGCAGGAAGUCUGGAAGGGUAAACCACCAGCAGGGGGAGCCCCGUUGAUGCAGAUCAAGUCGAGCCCCCCUGGGUUCCUCCUGGGGUCGUGGCAUGGCCCUAGCUUGUUUGAACUACCUUUGAAAUAUUUGAUACAGUACAUAUUGUAUUGCAUUAGUGGCUAUUUAUCAUAUUAGUUUUACUGUGUGGCUAUUUUCUCCACUCACCCAUUUUUCAGUAUGCCCUUGGAAUGCCUAAAAAUCUAAAUAAUAUUAUUUUUUCAUUUAGAAUCCAGACCCUAACAAAGAGAACCCUCCGUGCAAUGCCCAGGAGCUGGAAGAAUGCGACAUUUUCCUCGAAGACAGCACAAGUCUGUGCAGAUUUGAUGGUAACACCUUCAAUGUCACCCAUGUGGUAAGCAUAAGAUAAUAAUCUUGAUAAUAAGCAUUUCUUAAUUGCUUGCCUACCGGCAGAGAACUGGAUUGCAUUGUCUGAUAUUAUUAGUCCUCCACCACCUACCUGCCAGGCCUGGACUCCGCUCAUCAGGAAAGAUGAUCUUCGAACAGGCUCAACACGUAGUUUGGUCUGUGUUGUAGAAUAACGUAAUGUACAUGCAAGUUGUGUAAGGGAUACUAAAAGGCAGAUUGUCCUUGAAUAUAAAGACACUGCUUGCGGCAUUGUCCUCUCUUAGCUACUAUGUUUUGUUCCGUUGUAAAGCAUAUUGGUAAGUUUCUCCUUAUUUCUGUGUACAAGAUUUGAAAAACUUACCAUUCUGAAAAUUUAUUUAUUUGCAUAGUUUAUAUACUGCACAUUCCGUGUAGGUUUAUGGUCUCAGGGGCCUGAAAGUGGUUGGUGCUGUUUGUGGCAGGGAGGUGAAUGGGAGAGAGAGAGAGAGAGAGAAAGAGAGGCCAAGCCUUUCAUCCCUCUGCAAAGGGGAGAGAAGGGCGAAAAAGCUUAUUCCUAGCUUUACUGCUACGCAAGUCGUAUUGAUGCAUCUGGCAGCUUCUCUGCUACAAUUGUUUUAACUGUUUAUAAUGGAUGUGUGUGUGUGUGUGUGUGUGUGUGUGUGUGUGGUGGUGAUGAUGAUGAUCGGGGGCGAGAUGUGCCUGGGAGGGGAGGAGCUGGAGAGAGCAGGGGGGUCAUUUGCCGUGGUUUAGGGUAGGGCAGGCUUCCUCAACCUCGGCCCUCCAGAUGUUUUUGGCCUACAACUCCCAUGAUCCCUAGCUACCAGGGCCAGUGGUCAGGGAUGCUGGGAAUUUUAGUCUCAAAACAUCUGGAGGCCUGAGAUUGAGGAAGCCUGGGAUAGGGGCAGGUAGGGAAGGCCAGGUAAAGGGCAUAUGACACAGGCACUUAAUGGCUGUGCCAUGUGCCAACCCAACCACCUGGGGAAUUGUGGUUGUCCUAUCAGCCAGCCGUGGGGCCUGCAGCUGCUGCUGUUGAAUGUCAGGUCAGCUCUGAAUAAGAUCUCCCUCAUCCAUGAUCCUGAUUGUGGAUGAGUUUGCUGAUCUGGUCUAUAUUACUGAAACCUGGGUGAGUGAGCAGAGUGAAAAAUAUAUAGAAGAAGUCAAAGCAGCUGUAGAAUUGGGGGCUGGCAUAACCUGUUUUACCUGUCCCUUCUCGCUAUAGGCUCCCCCAUUCAGCCUGAUUUGGUGGAGCAUUUGGGGCAUCCUAAUGGAGAUGGAUGAUAGGGGAAUUAGCUUAACCUUCCAUCCAACCCUUUAUGUUUAUUUCAUUGGUUGAAUUUAUGGCACAGGUUUCCACACUGGACUUCUUAAAACAGCUUUUGCAUCAAGUCUUUGUAGGAAGCAUUCAGAAUGGCUAUUAGCUGAUCUUUGAGUUUUAGCAGUGAUUUAGCAUUUGAAGUCGCCGAUGACGAGAUCCCAUUUCCAGAUGCUAGAUAUACAAAUCUGUUUUUUUAAAAAAAUAUGUAUAUAUCAUGUAUCAGUUCUUCUGUUAUCACUUCAAACACUAACUUAAGGAGAGACAAAGUCAUAUUUUUGAUCUCAUUGGCAAACUUACUAUCUCCUACAUCAUGCCAAGAUAUGGCAUAUGCCCCCCCUGCUUCCUCCAAGAUUGAAAAUUCUCAGAGAUAGUAAGGCAAUUCUUUAUUUUUAUGGGCUGUUACUUUUCUGGGAUUUGCUACUUUAUGCCUUGGCCAAUGGAGCCAUGCAUCUUCCCUUUAUUAGCAUUAUUUAUCUGCUUACCGCCAGUCUCAAGAUAUGAGCUCAACCCGUCAAGUUAUCUGUCUUUCAUUCACUUUAGCUGCUCUUGAAGAGGAUUUUCUUUUCCUUCUCUUUCUUGACUCCUUUUGUCCAGGGCAAGUAGUGCACCUUUACACCCCAGUACUUUAGAGAUGUACCGCUUUCAGGAAAUUAAUCAGUCUUUUGUGCACUAUUAGGUUCGAAGUUUUCUAAAUAAAGUAGAUUUGAUAAAUAAAGUAGAUUUGAUGUCCGCAGUUCUUUGUAUAAUAGUCCAUUGUAAUAUCGUUCUUCUAAUUUUGAUUUUUCAGUGCACUUUCUCUCCUCCUUUAUUAAAUAGUCGCGUGUGAAGAUAACAGCUCAUCUUGUUUGCAUCUAAGCCAAAAGGUUGCUGCCAUUCAUUAUUUAAAAAACAAAAAAACUCGUAGAAAUCACUUCACUGUGACAGCAAAAGAGGAGUGCUAGCAUAGAUAACAAGCAGUGAAUACAUGUUCAUGAGAAAGGCAAACUCCCCUUUAUGCAGUUGUAUCAAAUAAUUACCAGUUGGCAACCAAAGAAGACAGUUCAAUGCAAAUGGUUUUGUACUUAAUGCCUGUUUGUCACAUUUGCUCCUUUUGAGCAGGAUGCAUACAGUUGGUUACUACUGAAACUAGAUGGGCAAGACACUGGUAUGUAAUUAUGCCAUUUUCUGUGGGGAGAGUAGGAACAAAACUAGAAAACUGCUAGCACAUUUGCAAAGCUAAGCAGGGUCUGGUAUGGUUUCAAAAUGCACAUUUUCCUUCCAGAAAUAAUCCCUAGGAAUAGAAAAGCAUGCACUACAGUGUUAGCCUGAACAAUUUGCAUUCUUCAAGCUGAUCUAUCUUCCACCCAAAGACAUGGCAGAACUUAAACUUCUUUCACUAGUAUGGGGUGAUAAAUGCAUAUGAGAAAUAAGCACAAUGUUUGUCUUGCUAGAUCAGACCAGAGAUGAUUUAAUCCAGCACUCUGUUGGCCAGCCAGACACUGAUGAGCAACAUACAAUGAAUAUAACUUCCUGUUUGUCUGUAUCAUCUAGCAACUGGAAGUAAUGCUCUGCUAAAUCAUGCUGUUUCAUUUUGUAGUCAUUGUGGCCAAUAGGUGCUGGAAAUGUGCUUCUUGAAUUUUUCUAGCCCUUGUAUGUUUUUGUGUCGUCAUUUCCCCCCACCCCCAAAGCUCAACCCCACAACAUGGUUCUUUUACUUUUUCUUGCUUCUAUGAUUGGGGUGGUGUGCUUUUUUUCUUUCAAUUUCAUUUGCUUUUGUUUCUGUGUGUCCAUUUGCCACUUGGAGGGCGUAUAUAGUAUUUGGAACAACAUCCCCAUAGAGAUUGGUUGUCUGAGAUCAGGUGCCACUCAGCUCCUUUUGCCUCCCUCUAUAGAGCAGGCAUAUUCAACAGGUAGAUCAUGAUCUACUGGUAGAUCACUGGACAUCUGCGGUAGAUCACUGGUAGAUCAUUGGCUCCCCCCAAAGAAGCUGAACAAUUGUGGCUCCCCUAAAAAAAGCUCAACAUUUUACGUCCUCCCUGAAAAACUCAACAACUUUGACCCGACCCCCAAAAUGGGCCUUCCUCCUUCCUAAAAAAAAAACCUCAAAAACUUUGACCUCAACUUCAAAAAAGGGAGUAGAUCACUGCCAGUUUUUAACUCUGCGAGUAGCUUGCAGUCUUUUGGGAGUUGGUCACCGCUGCUCUAGAGCAUUGCUUUAAAAUAAGCUUUCACAUAUUGCAACUUGCCAGUCAUCUAUGGAAGCCCAGGAAAGGGUCAAUUAGACCCUGUGUCUGCUGUCUGCCUGGGCCUGCAAAACCAAGGGCAUUCUCAAGCACCUGAGAAGCCAAACCAAGCAGCUGAUAGCUCAUCAAUCACAAACUGCCAGAAGCUUGACAAUGCAGCUUAUCUUGGUGGGCUUCGUUUCAACGUUCCUCUGUACCAUCUCCCCGCCUCACUUGUGUGUUUUUCCAUUUUAAGCAUCAGCAGCCAGGUCUUGUUGCGGGCCCCAGCUCUUCAUUGCAGUCGCCCCUUGCCUCAAUUUUUCUAGGUGUCCACGCAGCUCAUUCUGCCCGAUAAAAGUUGACCUUUGGAAGCAGCAAUACAAAUAGACAACUUUAGCAGAUAGACGUGCUGCAUGAAGAUUUGCCACCCCAAGGCUUAUCCAAGCUCGGAUCGUCUGCAUUAGCUGCCCAUGCUUUGAAUGCUGCUUGAAUCCAAGAACAGCCCUGAAUGUCGGGCAUUAUGCAUAGUUGCACAGAGGCAGCCACUGCUCAAAGCAGUCUGCAUUUUACUUUGAAAUUAACUGCUCUCGAGAGUAUCAGUGAAUUUGGAAACUUCUAAUGUGAUUCAGACAGGGAUUCUUGGUGCAGGGUUCCUGCACAGACAGAAAAGUGCAGUUAGCUGUUGCCAGCUACUAUUGAUGUUAAUUAACAAUUAAAUGUAUUCUUUCUAUAUAAAAACAGAGAUGCACAUUAUUUUUGCCUCUAGAAUAUAGGCGUGGCUGAAUCUAAUCAACAUGCCAAAUAGCAUUAUCUUGUUUGGGUGUGUUUAAUCUUUGCAUGUAAGGUAAUGUAACUAGUGUUUUUUUGAGGCACAGGACUACUGUAAUGUGAAUUCAUCUUGUCUGGCCAAAAAAAAAUCCACAACCGAUACAUCUCUUUUGUCAGAGAUGAAGGGAAAUAGCUGCCAUUAGUGUCUCUUUAUCUUCUUUUCUGCUUCUCCUAGUAAUCAAUGGGUUGGUAUCGACUGCUUCUAUUUUCUUUUUGUGCCUCAAAAAUAAUUGCCAUCUUGCAAACUGUAAUUAUUUUUUUGCAGACUAGUUUAGAAUAUCAGUAAGCUUGUCCUCUCUGCCUUGCGGGGGUUUUCUGUAUUUUAAAAUUACUGGGUAAACUAGGUGCCUUUAGCUAAUUUUUGGCUGAUAAAUUUCAAAGCGAGCAACUCUUCUCUCCUGUCUGUUGAUGAGAGAGAGGGAUCUCUUUUUCUACUAUCCCUUGAUGCAGAUUCUCUUCCCACUCCACAAUAUUCUGCAAUCUCUUGCCCAUUUGGGUCCAAGUUCUUACCUCCAUAAUGUACAUUGAACACAUGAACCAAGGCAGUCAUUGACUACGCUCAGUAGUAUGGUGCUGUUACUUGUGCAAAAAAUUGCUUGGGCAGUCAUGGUUGUGGAGAAGGACCUGGCUUUCAAUCUGUUGCACGAUAAGGUGAGGAGAGGUGGUCAAGAAUGGUGUGUCUUGUAAUCCACCAACAACUGGAGGGUCACAGUUGCUCGCUUACAGUACAGAACAAAUUUCAGUUUCAUAAUAAUAACAACAACAAUAUAUUUAUACCCCGCCCAUCCGGUUGGGUUUCCCCAGCCACUCUGGGCAGCUCCCAGCGGAAUACUAAUAAUAAUGAUGAUGAUGAUGAUGAUGAUGAUAAUAAAGCUAUAAAACAUCAAACAUUAAAAACUUUCCUAAACAGAGCUGCCUUCAGAUGUCUUCUAAAAGUCAGAUAGUUGUUUAUUUCCUUGACACAAUGGAAGGGCAUUCCACAGGGCGGGCGUCACCACCAAGAAGGCCCGCUGCCUGGUUCCCUGUAACUUCACUUCUCGCAGUGAGGGAACCACCAGAAGGCCUUCGGAGCUGGACCUCAGUGUCCAGGCUCAACAAUGGGGGUGGAGACGCUCCUUCAGGUAUACAGGGCCGAGGCCGUUUAGGGCUUUAAAGCUCAUCACCAACACUUUGAAUUGUGCUUGGAAAUGUACUGGGAGCCAAUGUAGGUACAGUGGUACCUCAGUUUAAGAACAGCUCUGUUUACAAACUAUUUGGUAUAUGAACUCCACAAAACCAGAAGUAGUGUUCCAGUUUGUGAACUUUACCUCAGUCUACGAACGGAAGCCGAAUGGUGAAAGCGCACCGGCGGCGGGAGGCCUCAUUAGGGAAAGCAUGCCUUGGUUUAAGAAUGGACUUCCGGAACAGAUUAAUUUUGUAAACCGAGGUACCACUGUAUUUCAUUGUAGAUACCCCUCCAAAUGUCCAGGUCUCGGAAGUCAACAACUGCAAGAUUCUAUGGUUGCCUAAUUCCUGACAAAAGUUAUUCCAUUUUAGAAACAAGAAGUUACCCACCAGUGAGAAAAUAUUGCUAAUCUCGUGCAGUUUCCUCUCUUGUUACUCCUUAAGCCUAAAACUGAUACUGCAGGGAGUGAGUUGUGUGAAGGGGGCAUCACACAGUUACCAGGAGUAGCACCGUGUUGCCUGCCCUGACUUGGACAUCCAUGUAGACUGCUUGCCAGGAAGAAGCCUUUGCACAAAUAGCUGUUCACUCAGACUUCUUCACUGCAUGCAGUUGGCGUUAACUUGUGCAUGCCCAGACCCUCCCAGUGUCCAUUUUGAAUGACAAAGAAUAAUCCUUGGGACCAACCUGCAGCUGCCCGGGAAAGCUAGCCGCUCUCUAACCCUCUUGUGAGCACCAGGGUGAGUGGGUAGGUGCAUGUUUCAGAGGCAGCCUCAUUAUGGAAUUUUCUCAAAAGAAGCUUGGCAGGUUGCCUCUGGUUUUAUCUUUAAGUAGCAAAAAGCUUUCUGUUCCAGUAGGUGCCGGGGAGAGUAAGUGGAAUUGAUUUUGGAGGCUCUGUCAUGUGCUGCUAGUAUGCUGUUUUAUGCUUUUCUGAUCAGGGGCUUUUCAUCUCUCUUUAGAUACUGUGUUGGGCUUUUUCUUCUUCUUUUUUCUUGUGAGGUUCCCAGAAGGUUCAGGGAACCAUAUGGUAGUAAACAAAUCUCAAAACAAAUUGAAUGCAUGCACAAGAAACAUGUCAAUCCUUAAGGCUGUCUAGCAGAGAAGCAUCUUUGUGUCCCGCCUCCCAUCUAUCCCGGGUUAAUUUAAUGUUUAUUAGUAAGUAGCAUAUUUUAGCCAACCACCUCUCUGGAUUGCACUUCAUGACCCCUUCAUAUGGGCUCCAGUUGGGUAGCUUAAGGUUCCCACGUACACACAAUAGAAUCAGGGAAGCCAAGUUACAGGGAACCAAGCAGAGGGCCUUCUCGGUAGUGACACCCGCCCUGUGGAACGCCCUCCCACCAGAUGUCAAAGAGAAAAACAAUUACCAGACUUUUAGAAGACAUCUGAAAGCAGCCCUGUUUAGGGAAGCUUUUAAUGUUUGACGGACUAUUGCAUUUUAAUAUUUUGUUGCUCUUGUUCCCAGAGUGGCUGGGAAAACCCAGCCAGAUGGGCAGGGUAUAAAUAAAUUAAUAUUAUUAUUAUUAUUAUUACUAAAGUAAUGUAUGCACUAGGUUUGCCUUAUUUCAUUAGGAACUAUAAUGAACCAUGAGAAUCCCAGUAAGAGAGACAUCUUUUUGAUCUUAACUUGUGUGGGGAGUGUGUACAUUCAAAGAUACUGGGUAGAAGGAGAAAAGGGCGGGGGGAGAGGGAAAUAAUAUUAAUAACAGUAAUCUGUUUUGAAUUAAUCUAUAGAGAAGCUUACGUUUCUCUACGGCCUUCCUUUCUGGUGUUCCUAACGCAGAGUUGGAUUAGAAGUAAUGUGGAUUCAGGCAUUAUUUAUUUAAGGGAGUCAGCAUAUGAUAUUAGAAUCUGCCAGCAACGUUAUUACUGCGGACAGUGCAUGAUGUAUAGUCAAAGGGACUCUCAGAAUCGUAGUAGAAAUACUGAUUCCCUGACCUAGAAAAUCAUUUCUCUGAAAACAUUACCUUUCUCACUCUCUGCUGUUCAUCCGUGCGGGGGUGGGGUGGGGGUGUCAUCCAGCGACUGGUGGUGCUGAGAUUGGGAAUACAAAUGUAAAUGUGUAAAACGGGCAAGUCCUGAUAUCGGUGGCCUCACAGUUUUGCCUCUUUGCAACCAAUAACGUCCAGAGAGCCUGCUUUAGAGGAGAAAACAGAUGGGUCAUAGUCGUGUGGCAGAGAUGCUUCCGUGUGCAGAAAGAUUUCUGCAUGAAACCACGGAAUGCUGUUGCCAGCCAGUGCAUACAUUACUAAGCUGGAUCUGACAUGGUCUAAGACAGCUUCCUCUGUUCUUAAACUAAGAAAAUAUUUUAAAAGGGAAAAGCAACAACCCUGAAGUAGAUACUGAAUUUAACAAACUAGCCCAAGAGCAGACGGGUGCUUAUGCCCCCAGUUCUCUGGACUUCAGAUGUUGGCUAGCCCUGCCUUUGGUUACAAGUUGUCGUCUUGGCUGAAACACCCAGAUUGUUCUUUUUCUGAAAAAACAGCUGCUGGCGACGUAGCCUUUGCAUCUAACGGAUCUGCUUCGAUCCUUCUCGGCGUGCAAAGCAGAGCAGUUUAUUUUCAUGCCAUUAGACGCCUGAGAAGUAGGUGCUUAAAUUGGCUUAAACAUUAUCUUUACAAAAUGGGGCUGUCAUGGUCCCAGACCACUCAGAGAUCUAGACAGCCGUCCUUGCUGGUUUCAGGCACAGGCUGUCCUCUCUUGGCAGAUCAGAGAAACCUGCUUGUCAUGGGGGAAUAAAUAAGCCCUCUUAUCUCCCGGCACCCACUGCAACAUCCUCCUUCCAGAGGUAGCCUUUGCCUUCCUCUGGCUUCUCUCUUCCUCCCUGGCUCCUUCUGAGACUUAGAAGCCAUCACCCCCCACCCUUGCUUAGCUGCUGCCCAUCCUGACUGGUUGCUGGUUGGACUGCUUGUGAGCAAGCAGCCAUUUCUUCCCCCCACAUUCUCUUUUGGAAGACGUGGCACUUGUAGGUUGGUGGUUUCAUUUACCGUUAUAAUUGUAGCUGUUGUUCAAUGUAUAUAACAAGCCCUGGUAAUUCACCAGUGGGUUUUGAGAAAAGUAGAUGUCGCUGGCAGUGUUUCUAAAGGAAUUUUUGAAUUUCUGUUUCUUUAUUUUUAUUGUUGAGUAACAAACACUACAUAAAUAUUACGAUUAAGGGGGAGAAACAGGAAGCAGAGAGGUGCAAGUCAUUGCUUAGAUACUUAGAUACUUAAACAGUAAUGUCUAGCAAUAGCCUUAAGUUCUACAUUGAUACUUGUUUUACUUCCCCGUCCUGAACGUGCCCAGUAAUCUCAUAGUUUAAAUGGGUUCAGUCUGUCUGAAACUUAAGAAUCUGAACAAAUUUAAAAAGUGAAGAUUAUAUUCAGACUGAAAUGAUAAAUUUAUUCAGCUGUGCUGUAUGGUCCAUUUGUUGCCUAUUUAAGAGUGCAAGGCAGCGUGCAUUUUGACCUCAUGAUGGCACAGGGAGGUAGAUUAUACAGUACUGUGAAAUAGCCAUUUGCUCAUAGUCAGCCAGCAAGUUUCAUGGCCGAGUGGAGAUCUGAACUUCAGUGUUCCAGCUUCUAAGCCAACAUGCCCCCCUGGCUGUUAGGAAUAGAAUUUAAGGUAAUCUUUGAACCAUGUGGAAGCGGUUUUGAAUGGAUCUAAUAUUGCACUAAAACAUUCCUUGGUAUAAGUAAACCGCCUUUCAUAUCUAUGUCAGGGCAAGGGGAUGUCACGGUCCGGUUCACGGGCGAUCGAAGUCCCGGCUGGGGACUUCAGGACUGGGGGCAAGAUGGUGGGGUGGGAGCAGGAACAGGGGUCCAGAAGCCAGGAGUCAGGAAGCAGAGGGUCAGAGAGCCAGGAGCCAAGGGUCUGAGGGUCAGGAAGCAAGGAGUCAUGAAGUCAGGGGAUCAAGGAGUCAAGGGUCCGAGGAUGAAGAAGCAGGGAGUCAAGAAGCCGAGGUUCAAGGAUCAGGAAGCAAGAAGCCAAACGCAGCAAGGCAGGAAGCGUGUUGCUGUGGCAAAGAGCCAAAGAGAAAUGCUGACUUUAUAUCCCUUCCCAGCUCUUGCCAUCAGGUGCUGUGAGUUACCAAUCGGCCUCACCUGUGAGGCCAUGCCUUGCCCCCUUCAGAACAAACCUAGGAAGGCCCCAGUCCUGCAAAGUCCUAUUGGUCACAGUGCCUGGCUCCUGUAUGCACACCUGAAAGGGGGGAACCAAAACUGACUAAAGCUAUCCUGGUCCUCCACAGUGCAUGGAUAUCUGCUCUAUCAAUUUUCUUUCGCCCCCCCUUCCCCCAGCUGCUGUGAAGCUGUUAAUGCUGCAUAUAAUCAAGCAGAUAAGCUUUACAUUUGUACUAAAAGAAUCCCCCCCUUUUUUUUGUCUGCAGGUGAAUCUUGGAAGCAACCAGUACCUCUUCUCAACGGUGGUGGAUCCCAAGGAAAUGCCAUGCUUCUGCUUACGCCAUGAUGUCGAUGCUCUUCUCUGGCAGCCACGCCCAGAUCAGCAGGACAAAUGGGAGCACAUUUCAACUUUCAAUGCCUUAGGUAUGGGAGGGAGGCUUUUUGAAAUGGCAUUUCUCUUCCUUAUAAAGCUGUGGUCCAUAACUCUUCCAACACUGCCAUGCAGUAUCUCUGAUCUCAUCCAUAACAGAGCUCUCUGUCUUUCAAAACUCGGUUGAUAAAUCGCAGCAUCUUGGAAAGUAACUAAACGCUAAGCUGACUUCCGUAAUGACUUAAAAGGGAAUAAGCAACCAACUGACAAUGGGGAAAAAAUCAGUAUAAUCUUAAUUACUGCCUCCUCAUCAUAGCCAACUAAUUGAGAAUGGAGAUCUCUAAAAUCUUAAUUACUAUCUCAUCAGCAAGCCAAGUUUCUUCAGAAUUAAAUAGAAAUUAGUUUUAUGGAUGAAGGGUUCUACAGUGCCAUCUGGAGAACACAAAUAGAUUCUAUGUCCACAGAUAAAAAACAUAUUUCAGGAUUGUGUGCAGUUAAGUUGUAGGUAGACCCAAUGGGUCUAAGUUAGUCAUGGCCAUUAAUUUCUGUGGGCCUGCUCUCAGGAGAACUUAGUUCGAGACAACUCCCAGAACAAAUUUGAGGAUCAAUUCCAAGUUAAUUGCUCCAGAGUGGGGGGAAAUCCAUAAAAAAAUUCCAGGCAUGCACUGACUUGAGUGGAUUUCACUGAGCACACUACUGGCAAAAGGAGUGCUGUAGUAUUGCCCAUCUUACAUCCUUUAGAAGAUUCCAAUUCAGGAUUGUGUUGAUGUAAAAAAUACAACAACACUUUAGGGUUUGAGUUUUUUUAGCUGGCAGUCCCAUGUUUUUAUUCUUCAGUGUGGAAAAUAACAGGGAAUUCUAAAGCAUUUUGGCUUUAAUCAUCCCAUAAUUUUUAAUGAAUAACACUUUGUGGCGAAUUUCCACAUCUUUGGGCCACUUCAUACACUGAAUUUUUCAGAGACCGGUAUAUUUCCCAUUUCUACACAUAUGACUGACUGUAUUUAAAAGUGUCCCUUUCUGUUCCAAAAGAGGUUGGCUCUAACUUUGGGAUUUGUUUGCUUUGCGUUGAACAGCAAUGUGCUGUGUUAUACCACAGUCUGUGGGAGGGAUUCACCUUAGGAGUCCCUUGCUCAGGGACAAUGACAUAUUCUCAUCCCCCCGUUGCCCCCCAGAUUGGCUGAGGCAGGGUCAAAAGAACCCUCAGAUCAGCGCAUGGGAAGAAGGGGGGGGUAGUUCCAUCUGGCAAGCUAAAACAUUUAUCCAGACAGAGCAUUUGUAAUGGAGCAAGACUGAAUUCCACCCUGUGUUUUGAAAGUUUCAGCUAUGGCGUUUAGUAUAGAGGUUGGGUGGUCCCAAAACAAGUCCAGGCCUGUCUCACACACUCCACUGUCUCUCAAGGCAGACGGAUGUCAACAGCAGCAGCAGCAGCACAAGCUCCCAUCAACCCUAACUGGCAUGCCCAAUGGUCAGGGAUGAUGGGAGUCAGGCCUCCCAUAUCAGGAAAACACAUUUGCCCCAGCUGCAAUUCUGAACAGUUUCAAAGGAGCCACACCCAAAUGGAGGGCAAUCCAGUAGUCUAUUCCUGAGGAUACAGGGCAUAGAAGAUGCUUGCAUCCGAAAGAAAUACUUGCCAAUAUAUAUUUUUGCAUCUUCUUUCUUUAAAAGAAAAGAAAACUCUGUGGUUGACCUCUAUUUGAGACCUCUAUUUGAGAGAGGAUGUAGCAUAUCUAAAAUACAGUGGUACCUCGGGUUAAGUACUUAAUUCAUUCUGGAGGUCCGUUCUUAACCUGAAACUGUUCUUAACCUGAAGCACCACUUUAGCUAAUGGGGCCUCCUGCUGCUGCCAUGCCGCCAGAGCAUGAUUUCUGUUCUCAUCCUGAAGCAAAGUUCUUAACCCGAGGUACUAUUUCUGGGUUAGCAGAGUCUGUAACCUGAAGCGUAUGUAAUCUGGAGCGUAUGUAACCUGAAGUGUAUGUAACCCAAGGUACCACUGUAGCCCUAUCUUCUUUUUAUUGUCUGUGUGUGCUUCAGGUUAUGUGCAAGCAUCAAAGCAAGACAAGAAGUUUAUGGCGUGUGCCCCAAAUCACUCCUAUUCUGCCCUUUGCGAGUGCCUGCGACGCGUGUUCAUCUAUCGGCAACCGACUCCUCUGUCUACUGUUCUCUACAACAGGAAGGAAGGAAGGCAAGUGGGGCAAGUUGCAAAGCAGUUGGUAGCGACUCUUGAAACCCAUGACCCCGUUUUGGGGUUCCAGGCAACAAACGAGAGAUUGUUCGUUCUGACGACGAAAGUGCUCUUCAUAAUAAAAGUGAACACUGAGAACUAAUGACCAAACGUAUUGCGUUAUCGUUGCAUUCAAAAUUGGCUCAAAUAGUGACUGCAUAAAAAAAAAUUAGGAAAAUACAGAGGUAUGCUGUAAGUUCAAAAGCAACAUUUAUCGCACCAUGACCAAAAUGUAUCUUCGCAUUUGCCUUGUAUUUAAUAGAGAAAAGUUUCCGGCUUUAUUUUUUAAUAAACAGUUCAUUAUUUGUGCAAGGUUGCAGUUCUGUUAAGGAAGUGCAAGGAAUUCAUUUGUUUUUCUCUUUCCAGCAGGUGCUUCCAUGAAAUGGUUAAUUUGCUGUUUUUCCAAAUAGUUUCCAGUCACAUCUUUUUUAAUAAUAGCUGGUUGAAAGUACAGUGUUCAUUUUUCUUCAUUUUUUUUUUAUUACAGCAAUGUCUUAUCUGGCAUGCUAAGUCAAAUCACUCCAUAUAUAUGUGUGUGGAAAUCUACCAAAAUAAUUAAAAUGUAAUUUGCAGCCUUAGUUAAAAAGGCGGGGUUAUUUGUUUUCAUUUUUGUUUUGUUUGCUUUUUCAUCUCUAUAAAUGUCUCCAUGCUUAGCACUUUGCAUUGGCUCAUCGGAUAAACGAUAGUGAGCACGAACAUCUUACUUUCCUCUGCUGUUACUUUUUUUUAAUUGACUCUGAAACUUCUCAUUAUGUGUAAACUUUUAUUGUGUUUGGGUUCCAGAUGAAAAUCUUCAACCUUUUUAGAAAUAAAGUGGGUUUUUAAAGAGCAAGCAAAUAAAUAAAUACAUAAAUAAUA